GCUGCAGCGGCUGAAGGAAAACCCAAUGAGCGAGUGCGGUACAUCUUCACGGCAAGACACAUCGGCUGUUCCAAUAAUAUCAUUUACUCCAUCUUUCUAUGAAUCAUAACUCGUGACUUAAUACGAGAUGCUUAGGCGAUUUUAAUCUUAUCGGUGGUAUUGUAAAUAGCUGGUAGAUUAAAUAGACUCCCGCCUGAGCCCGGUACAGGUACAUGUGCAUUUAUUAUGUAAAGAGGACCGUCUCCGGCUUGACCCCGAGGGAAUGACAUCACAGCAUUACUAAGCCAUAUUUUGCAUUGACUGGUGAAGCGGCCAUUUUCCUGCAGACAUUCUACUUUUAUUUGGACGAUAUGGGGGAUAUUAUUGACUAGGGGUAUGACAUUUGACGUAGGGAUAUCUCGGAUGAUAGGGAUGUAACGGGUGGCAACAAUGGACACCAACCCAUCGGAUUACUACUACAGGGAGUAUGGAACCGGCGAGGGAGAACUGCCAUUUGCCAUGCUUCAGCUUGAUCCACCAGACCGAGCCGUGUUAAAAAUAGCAGAUGAAAGGGAUGCCGUUCAAAAGAAAACAUUUACAAAAUGGAUUAAUAAACACUUGCUGAAGUGGUCUCCCUUACCUGUUGACUACAUGCAGCAUUGGAGAUUCUCCCAGGCUGGACGACGGAUAUUGGAUCUUUUUACCGACCUCAAAGAUGGACAUAACCUGAUAUCACUUUUAGAAGUGCUGGCUCACGAAUCACUGCCAAGAGAAAAGGGGCGCAUGAAGUUCCACAAGAUUCAAAAUGUACAGAUAGCACUGGAGUUUCUGGCUCGGAAAGGGAUCAAACUUGUAAACAUUCGAUCAGAUGAAAUCGUCGACGGCAACCCAAAACUAACGCUAGGGCUCCUCUGGACCAUAAUCCUCCAUUUCCAGGUGUCAGAUGUGGUCGUCGCUGGGCAACCUGAGGACAUCACAGCCAAAGAGGCCUUGUUGCUAUGGAGUCGGCGAACAGUGGAAGGCUACCCCGGAGUCAAGAUCAACAACUUCAGCAAGAGUUGGCGGGACGGGCGUGCAUUCCUCUCCAUCAUACACAGACACAGGCCCGAUCUUGUGGAUCUCCAGAGAGCACGUACCAGCACUGCCCGCCAGAACCUCGAGCUCGCCUUCGGCAUCGCAGAGCAGGAGUACGGAGUAACAAGGCUACUUGACCCUGAAGAUGUUGAUGUGACGGAGCCUGAUGAGAAAUCUGUGAUAACUUACGUGUCCUCACUCUACGACGUCUUCCCAGAAUGCCCCAGUGUAGAACAAACACUACGAGAUAAUGAACGACAAUUAAAAGUUGAUGAAUACAGGGAACUGGCCACUUCACUACUUACGUGGCUACAUGAUGCUACGGCCAUGUUACAGGAACGCAGAUUCCCCACGACACUUAUAGAAAUGAAGACUCUUCUAGCAGAAUCAAAUAGGUUUAAAAUUGAAGACGUCCCCCCUCGGUUGGAAAUGAGGCAGAAAAUAUACAGAAUUUUUGAAGAAAUACAGGGUUUUGGGUCUGGUAGUUCACUGCUGGCCUUUCCAGACGACCAUCAGCCAGACAAUAUAACAGCGAUGUGGAACAGGUUUUCAUUGGCUAACCAGGAACGAGACAGCAAUAUACAGGCAGAGGUUGUCAGGUUAGAAAGAUUACAGAGACUUGCAGAAAAGAUUCAUAGAGAGGCUAAACAUUCGGAGGACAACCUUGAUGACCUUGGACGGAGAAUCGGGGAUGAGCAAGGUCGCGUGGAACUCCUACACCCCCUAGAAGCUAAGCGCAACUGUGAUGCAUUAGACCGAGCUCUGAAAAACUUAGAAGAGUCCGCCCGAAGUAUGUUUCGGGACGUACAAGCCCUUCAAGACGGUAGAUUUCCUACCGCAGAUCAACUUUAUAAAAGGGUGUCUGUGAUACAGUCCAGAAUCUCCCAGCUGAGGACACAAUUAAUGGGCGAGGUGAUACAGAAACUCAUCUCCAAGUCUUACAUAGAGGAGGGUAUCACUGUGACGCGUCGCAAGGAGGUCGUCAAGGAAGUACGCCUCAUUGAGACAAAUCCUGCCUUCAAACACGUACAGGAGUGUCUUGCCUGGAUAGACUCUAAACAGGAGGCUUUAGAGGCAGGAGAGUACGGCAGUGACAUCCAGACGAUACAGAUAAACCUGGAUGUCCACCAGAUGGAGCACCAACAGAUCAUGAACUUCCGCUCGGAAAUAGACAGAUGUAUCGCCGAUGGAAGAGCUCUAUCAGCAGAUGAGCGCAACUUGUACACCGAGAGUCUUUCAAAAGUAGAGGUGGCUUACUCUCUACUGACAAACACGACACUACGACGUAUGAAGUGUCUAGAGACAUUUCACGAAUUUCUCAACCUGGCCAUGGCGGAACUGCUGUGGCUCAAUGAUAAGGAGGAAGCAGAAAUAGAACGAGACUGGGGCUCGCCAAACAUGGACAUCCAACAUACAUCGGAGUCUUACAAGGCUAGAUUCCCUUACCACCAGAGCCUUCUGCAUGACCUUGAGGUGCGGGAAGGUCACUUUAAUUCCAUACAGGAGCGAGGCUCAGCCAUGAUCCUAGACCGGCAUCCAGCUGCUGAAACCAUCAAGGCAUACAUGGAGACAAUGCAGUCUACAUGGUCCUGGCUGUUACAACUCACCCUGUGUCUUGAAUCACAUGUCAAGCACCUGACGGCGUACCACCAGUUUUACGAAGGCUGCCAACAGUGCGAGGCAGAGCUAUCCCAGCAUUCCGAGCUUCUCCACACACGUUACAGCCAGGAGAGCCUUGAUGUGGAGGAGGCAAAGAAACGUGUCCAAGAGUUGCGAGCCAUGCAGGAACAAAUAUCAGACUUAGAGAAACAGACUGCGACACUUGUGCAACUCAGUUACGAAAUAGUGCCAUUGAAAAAGCGUGGAGAAGUGAUACCAUCUCCGUGUCGGGUCAAGUGCUUGUGUACUUACAGGCAGCCAGAGCUGGUUCUUCAGAAAGGACAAGAGUGUAUGCUUCUAGACACAUCCCAAAGAACAAGAUGGAGGAUGAGAACCCACUCAGGUAAAGAGGACCUGGUACCUUCUGUCUGCUUCCUGAUUCCACCCCCAAAUCAGGAGGCUAUAGAAUGUGCUGAACGGUUAAAGAUACAGAUGGAACACCUGCGAAGUGUGUGGAAGAUGAGACAGCGGUCCAGCCGACUAAACAUGGUUACUGCAACGAUACAGGUCAUCAGGUCCUGGGAUCUAAAACAGUUUCAGAAACUUGACCCGGUGGGACGGGAAACCCUACUCAAGGUUGUGAAUGAGGAUGCAGAGAAGCUGAUCAGUGAGAUUGGCGACUCGCAUCCCGACGUGAGGAAAUUAAAGGCCGAGUUAGCUGAAUGUAACAAAGUAUUCCACAGUCUUUCUACGGCAGCCUCAGACUCGAGGUUGACGAGGUCACCUGACCAAAAGUUUGCACAGGACCUGGACGCGGUCAGCCACAACCUGUCAAGUUGUGAGCAAACACUAAUGGGUCACCUUCAGGAGAUGCACCCAAGAGACAAAGGGGCUCUACGACAUGCCAUAGAGAGGCAGAAGAGCUGGGACAGAACACUAAGCAGUCAUGAAAUGGAUGUGGAACAUAUGAAGCAGUCCUUCGUCAAUCUGCCGCCUCGCUCCCAACACCAGAUGGAGCCACAGUAUAUCGCAUCACUACAAAAGUGGGAUCAUAUGUGGACCCUCUCAAAAUCAAAUAUGGACAGAUUAAAGAAUGUUGAUUCACUGUUAUCGGACCUAGACAACGUGAGACAACUCGUCGCUGAUUAUGAGAUUGCCCUCAUUACUCAUGACAGUUUGUCGUCCGAACCUGAAUCUCUCAGAACCCACAAGGCAGAACUACAGGACCUCCAAGUUUCAGUACAGCAACAACAGCAAAAGGUGGCCUCACUGAAGCGUGACACGGCCAGUCUACGUGUCCACACGGAGAAGUGUCGGCCAGGCGUGGCACGCUACUACGACCUCGAGGGCACAGAGAAGGAGGUGACAGAUCUGGACCAGCGCUGGGACAACGUCUGUAUACAGGUUGUGGAAAGACUAAGGAGUAUGGACACUGCAGGUGACCUACUAUCUCUUUAUACCAACGGCCUCAAGUCCGAGCAGCAGUGGGGGGAUCACACCCAACUGGCCAUCGACACCCAGCCCCCACUCACGCAGGAACUCCCCCAACUCAAACAGAUGAUAGAACCAACCAUGACAAUUUACAACGGACUUGGAGAACGUCAGCAUCAGAUUGAGGCUGUGAAUCGUCACGGUGGCCAGUAUAUUCGUGAGGCAAAGAUUUACGACAGGAAGCUGAAGCAGUACCGAGACAGUCUGGAAGACAUCGACGCCGCCCUGGUAGAAGGUUUGUCCAAACGACGGCGACAUGAGGGUGGGGCCGAGACGGUUAAGACAGAACUGGACAUGCUCAACCGGCGAUAUAUAGAUAUGGUCAAGUGGACCAACAACCGGCUCAAGGAGAUCACUGCCAGAUUGUCCGGAUCCAACGAGGAUAUACAGUUCCAGAUGGUGAUUGAUGAGGAUAUUCCGUUACUUCGUACAUUCCGGGCAGAGCUUGCCAAACGCUCCUCCAUGUUAGUUGAUGAGGACAUGCAGGGUUUCUUUGAGCAGCUCUCCGAGUUUGAAGGCUAUGCUAGCCAGCCAGGGCAAGGAUACAGUGGUCCAGCUAAGACCUUUGUCAGCAAAGUGACGAUGCAUGCACAAAGCACCCAUGAACAGCCUCCGGCUACCCUGACACCAGGCAUCCGGGUAACCAAGAUGAUGGAUACCAUGGAGAAACCUGUGACAGCAGCUGUUGUUCCACAGGUUCAAAUGAGAAUGGUGUCACCACCCCCCUCCGACGCCGGAAAGAGGCUCUCGCAGAAGGUGGCUAGCAUCACUAGCAUAACUGCUCUUGGCAACGUCAGUGAAAUUGAUGGCAAGUUCCCACAGGCUUCUCAAACACUUGUGACUUUAAAACUGGAAAAUUUGGCCCCCAAAGGGACCACUGUGUUUGUGUCGGCCAUCUUGAAUCCCAAAACUGGCCGUAAAUUGAACAUGGUGGAAGCUAUAAAGACAGGAUUGUUUGAUCCAAAAACAGGAUAUUUCAUGGAUCCUAUCACCAGUCGUCGGAUACAAUUCCUUGAAGCAUGUGAUCGAGGCUACAUUUCCUCAGAGCUACAGCGGGAGUUAAAGUCCCCAUGUGGUAUACCUGACCCACGCACCGGCCGUCAGUUAUCUCUGAUGGAUGCCAUACAGAAAGGAUACUUCGAUCCUGUAAAACUUACAUUUAGAGACCCCUCUACGGGGCUACACAUUCCAGUCCAUGAGGCCCUUUCCAGGGGAAUAAUCUCAGAUGAAACAGCUAAGAAGUUGUGUGGGGAUGGCUACGCCGUGACAACUAUCACACAGUCUCAGGCUAUAUUUGGAGACAGGAAACUGUCUUCACUGGAAACAACAAUUGGCCUUGCUGAGGCAGUAGAAAAAGGACUGUAUGACCACUCGACAGGAAAGAUCCUUGACCCACUCUCUGGAAACCACAUGACUAUUCUAGAGGCUGUGGAGAAGGGCUUCAUCAGUCCUUCCAAGAAAGAGAUCAAAGAUCCAUCCAGUGGAGAAUAUGUCACAUUGAUCGAGGCUGUGUCCAAGGGCCUGAUUGAUCCAGAGUCAGGCCAAUGCAUUGAAAAGACAACCGGGAAGAGAAUUCCAUUAGAUGAAGCAUUCCAGCAACAAAUACUGAACAAGCCAUUAACACUAUCAAAGGCUCUGGCUGACGGAACCAUCACCGACAAGGGAUAUUUUGUCGAUCCCCAAUCUGGCAAGGUCAUGGCCUUCUCGGAUGCUGUUGACAAUGGUCUCCUUGACGACAGUGUGAAGUGUAUUGUUGACCCUACUAACAACGACGUCCUGUCUCUGUCAGAGGCAAUAGAGCGGGGCGUUAUUGACUCCAGGGGUCUGUACGUACCCCCAGGGGCAGCACCUCCCACGCCCAUAGGUCAAGCUCUCGAGGAGGGACACAUCAAACUUGUAAGUGAAGAAGUUGUGUUUGCAAAACCAAGUGUAAAGGACUCGCUCACAGGAAAGACUUUGACUCUUGCUGAAGCCCUAAAGCAAGGUGUCAUCACAAGUGGUGGUGAAUUUGUUGAUACUCGGUCUGGACGUCGUGUGUUGUUACGAGCUGCCGGUAGUCAAGGCUUUGUUGUAAAAGACACGGUAGAGAAAUUGACACAAGAAACAUCAAUCAAGGACCUAUCAGGGAAGAAUGUGACAAUGCUGAAGGCUGUUCAGAUGGGACUCAUUAGUCCAACAACAGGGGAAAUCAGGAACUUGGCCACCGGUGAUGUGAUGCCACUACAACAGGCCACUAUGGAGGGUCUAUUGUCUGCGGAGGAUGCUCAAACAGUGAUAGAACUUCUCAGCCCUGUUGUCAUCUACACUGCACUCACCACAAAUCAAAAAUCUGUAAAGGACAAGGAGGAGCCACCCAUGGAGCCCAUCACUGUGUCAGAGGCGUUAGAUCAGGGCCUGCUUGACGAGGAUUCACAGACUUUCAGACAUCCAAGGACAGGCAAGACAAUGCCUGUUGAGGAUGCUAUUGAACAGGGGUUGUUGAAACUGUCAUCUGAAUGGCCACGACCAACAUUGGUGUCAGAGACUAAAGACGAUGCUGACCGCUGGCUGGAGGAGGUCGUCACUAAGAUGUCUCCAGUAUCUCCUGGUCAGUCUGCUACAGUAGAUUCCAAACUGACCAAAGAUGAUGAGGGGUUCUCUUUCACCACAACGACCAUCUCCCGACCUGCCAUCACUGAGAACCUGGUGUCCGAAACAAACUACAUCAAAAUACAGAGCGUUACUGACCCUCGCACCAAGGAGAGAUUGUCACCACAAGAAGCGGCAACACGUGGACUUAUAAAUGUAGCACAGGGGUGCUUCAUCCAUCCAGCCACAGGCAAGAAGUUCACAGUGAAGGAGGCCAUGGACCGAGGGUUCUUGACAGGCAUGGAGGUGGAUACACCUACAGAUCAGGCAGUCAAAGCGGUCCGGUCUUUCUCUAUCACAGGUGUCAUUGAUCCCAACACAGGUGAUAAAAUAUCAGUCUCCCAGGCGGUCAAGGAUGGAAUACUUGACAGAGAGCGAGGUCAGUAUGUGAGUCGAGACGGACUGGGUCGUGAGGUGCUCCUCCCCAUCAGUCAGGCAGUGGAGAAGGGCCUCGUUCUGGCAGAUGAUGUCAGUGUGUCACCUGCAGCACCACUACAGGGUCUUAAACGUGAGACAAGGUCCUAUCAGCUCAAGAGUGUAAAACACCCGAUUACUGGAAAAAACAUAUCUGUCUUGGAUGCAGUGCAGGAAGGAAUACUAGAUGAGCAUAAUGGUGUAUACAUAAACACAUCCACGGGUGAAAAGCUACGUAUCCCAGAGGCUAUCGAACAGAAGCUCAUAGACGCUGAAUUGUCGUCCAUCACUUCCAGCGAUGGCGUAGACGGCAGUAAGGUGGUCACAACUAAACUGACAACCCUGAAGGUGUCGUGGGUAGUAGAUCCUAGAACCAGUGCUACCAUAUCCGUGGCAAAGGCUGUCGAAGAGGGGAUUGUCAACCAGCAUAACGGCACAUAUAUUAAUAUUGUCACAGGUGAAGUCAUGUCUAUGAAUGAUGCCAUAGAGAAAAAGCUGGCUAUAGCAACUGCUUCAGGCGUUGAAUCAUCUGGCAGCUCUGACAUUCACAGUAUUCACAUCACAGAGGAGCUUGAGGCUAUGGAGGCAACACUGGUGGAAGACAUCACGGCAGAGACAGUGACCUUGAGCAUUAGCAGUGUGGUUGACCCCAUCACCAUGGAGAUGUUGUCAUAUGAUGAUGCUGUCAUAAGUGGAGUUCUUGACCUCAAUAAGGGCUUGUAUGUCAAUCCAAGGUCAGGUGAAGUUAUUCCGAUCAACAGCGCGCUCAACAAAGGACUCAUACAUGCUGAUGUGACUGGUCAAAAAGUUGAGGAGGAUAUCUUCCACAGCUCUGUACAGGCAGGAAGUGGGGGAUUUUCCCUCAAACAUGUCGCAUCAAUCAGAGACGCAAAAACUGGACUGGAGAUGUCGCCUUUCAAGGCUGUACAGCAAGGCCUCAUUGAUAUAGAGAAAGGAACGUUCCUGGACACAAAAACCUGCAUGAGGAUUCCUUUAGAGGAUGCAUUCAAACAGGGGUUCUUUUCCAUGUCCAAGGCCACUGAUGCUGACGAAAUCACCCGACUCAUGAACGAAUCACAAGAGGAGGUAUCUCCACCUGUGAUAUCAGAAAAUGGAUUCACACCAAAUGUAGUAGAGAUGAAAUUGGAAAGGUCUGGAAUGCAAGAUAGCGACAAACAAAAGUCUGAUGUAGCUGAUGAGAUCCUCAACUACACAACAGAUGUAGAACAAAGCUUCGAGAUGGAUACUGAAGAUUUUCCAGAUUCUCACAGGAAUGGACAGCUGACACUGGGCACCAAACAGACAACCAAGAUGGGGGCUGAUGUCCGCGGAGUGAAUGUGAACACUGUUGCCUUCCCACAGGGAUUGUCCUACUGUGAGGCAGUCAAUGUCGGUCUGGUAGACCCUACAUCUGGAAAGGUCCGAGAUCCCAGGAGUGGAAAUCUGAUUUCUUUGCAGGAAGCAAUGGAACAAGGUAUCAUCAACCCACUGAAGCCGGCCAUGGUCAGCAUUGUCGGCAACAACACCCUGACACUGCAGGAUGCAUUCAAACAAGGGCUUGUUGAUCCAGGUACCGGACGGGUCAACUACCAGAAGAGCAAAACUGAUCAGUUCCAGAUCAGCCCUAACCUUCCUACUCAGUUCUCGUCUCCGGGGCCUCUCAAUCUGUUGGAUGCUUUAAAGGCCGGACUUUACAAUCCAGCCAGCCAGAAGUUUCUGGAACCAUUGUCAGGAGACACCAUGUCUAUACAAGAGGCAGUCAACCGUAACGUGCUGAACGGAAACAUGGUGACAGUCAAAGAUAUGUCAUCAGGACGCCGUAUUUCACUCAAGCUGGCCCUUAGCAAGGGUCUCAUUGACGGAGCUACUGCUACUGUAACAGACACAGCCACUGGGGAAGUGAUGUCAUUGGAAGAGGCAGUAAAGCGUGGAUUGAUUCAGAAUUCUGUAAAUGAAGAGGAGGGUACUGUGUAUGACACAGUGACCGGAGAAGGUAUUCCCCUGAACAAGGCCAUUACAGAUGGACAAUUACGUGCAGAAGACGUCACCAUCUUAGAUACAACAACUGGUGAGAUGGUGUCCAUGGACGUUGCCUUCAGGAAAGGUCUGAUUGACAGGAGGACAGGCAGUGUCAAGGACAAGCAGACCGGACAAAAGAUGACUGCUCAGGAGGCUGUAAAGCUGGGGCUCAUGGCAGUAGUUGGAGCUCCAGUUCUGGCAGGAAAGGCUGUUUUUGAUGCAGUGAAAGGUAGGAAAGGACAGACGUGGACUGAAGAUACGAGUCAUACAGGACAAACAUGGAAGAUGGACGUCUCACCAACAAGGGACACGUUUCAGAAACGGACAUUGUCAAGUUCCUCUAGUUCUCCUCAAAGGUCACCUGUGAAGGACCCCAGUGACCGUUUUGGAUCGCCGACUAAAGACAAAGACCAUUCACCUGUGAAAGAUACAAAGGACCGUUAUGGAUCGCCAAUAAAAGUCCAAGACAAAUCACCUAUGAGGGACAAUGGAUUUAGUGUGAAUGGAAAUGGUCUUCAUGAUGAUGACAUUCAACAACCACUGACUACCAUUGUCUAUGCUAAACCAACAGACCGAAUUAAGGUCUCUCAGCCCCAGAGACAGACUGAUCGAUUGGACUCUCCAGAUGACCGUAGCCCAAGCCCGGCCUAUGGUUUUAUGGUAAGUGAGGAUCAGGAGAAGAAAACUGAUUCCUCUUCUGUGUACAAACAGCGUGAUGAGACUGAUGUUUCUGCGUCUUUAACGUCUCAUGGAGACAUUUCCUCUUCUCUUUGGGGGCCCCAAUCUGUGUCAAGUGUGAGUUUAUCUUCCCUUUCAUCCCCUUCCACCUCAAAUGCCCCGGAUGUGGUUACCAGGCCUUCCCAACAAUUGCAUGGGGCUGACCCUCAAGGUCCUUUUAUCUCUGGUACCAGGGUGUUUGUUAAGUCCAGUGAUCCUCCGUCAGCUGAUAAGGUUCCUACUCCUCCCCUAUCUCCAAUAACUGUCCAAUAUUCCACCUCCUCAGUAAUGACCAAAGAUGACCUCACUGUUGACUGGACAGCAGGAAAGGUCAUCAUCUCGAAAACGGGGGAAGUUAUGAAUGUUCCUGAGGCUGUACAAAGGGGUUUAUUAGACUCGGACACAGUUGAGAAAUUGGCCGAGAAAGCGGCGUUGGAGUCUAAGACUCCCGAAAUAGAUAUAAACUGGGAGGAUGGUACGAUCACUGUUAGGGACACCCAGGAAAAGAUUUCUCUGAUGGAAGCAAAGUCCCGUGGCUACUUAGACUUACAAACAUCUAUGACAUUGAAAACUGUGAUUGAGAAAAUGGAGGAAAUUACAACAGAGGAGACAAAGCAAAUUGUACCUGUCAUUGUAAAGAAACCAAUUGGUACAAAAGUACAGGAAACCACAGUUGUACGUAAAACCAAGAAAGUAGUCGAAGGAAACGAACCUCCCGAAUAUGUAUCUCCAGACGCUAUGGUAGAAGGAUUCUUGAGUCUUAACGAUAUAAUAAGGGUUGAAAAAAACGUGACCGAUUCAGGUAGCAUAUUUGUCCAGGGCUACAACUAUCCCAUAUCUGUACGUAGAGCUAUAGACGAACAUUUAAUUGACAUAGACAGUUCCUGUAUAGUUGAUCCCCAAACUGGAAAGCUUCUUAAUUUGAACGAGGCCAUUCGUAUGAAGGUAUUUGACCCCUUGACUGGGAAGCUAACCCAUCUAGGGACAGGGGAAACAAUCACACUUAAGGAAGCAUUCCUGGAGGGUCUAAUUCCACAACCGGGUUACAGUGUGACAUUUCACACGGAGACGGAGACAGAUGUUGGGGAACAGCUGAGCACUUCGCUUUCUCUGUUAGAAGCGGUGGAGCACCACCUAGUGGACCAGAACAGUGGAACUUACACGCACCCACAAACAGGUGAGAUCAUGUCCCUUGCCGCCGCCAUACAGUACGGCUACAUAGACUCUGUUGACAGUCACCACAACGUCAAAUGGUCGGAGUCACAUGUUGACAGGAAGGAGGAGAAGAUCAUAGAAGAAACAAGAGUCCAGCUUAAACCAAUUGCUCUAAAACCUAGCACGCUGAAGACUUUCUCUACUGCUCCAUCAGUACAGGAGACAACACAGUUUGCCAAGACUGCUCAGAUUGAGGAGACAAGGAGUUUUACAGAAGCCAUGCAGGUUGAACAAAACAUGACGGAAUCCAGAUUUGAUACACGUACAGAUUCUCAAUUUGACAGUUCCACAUCCAGUGUACACAGACUAGAUGCUUUAAGAGACCAGCUUAUGAACACAUCCCAGCAAGACAGGGUGGUUCAGGAGGUACAGCAGGUGAGCCUCAGUUCUGCCAUAGAGAUGGGCUAUUUCAGUGAAGAGAGUGGUAUGUUCACUGAACCACGAACCAGGCAGGAAAUGACCUUAGAUGAGGCAAUCAAGCGUGGACACAUCGAUGGCAACAGCUUGAUGGUUGAUAUCAAGACAGAUGAGAGACUAACCCUACAGGAGGGUAUCCAGACAGGAAGGAUCGAUCCCAUUCAGGGAAAGGUUGUUGAUAAGGAUUCCCAGUCUAAAUUUUCCCUGAAGGAUGCUGCCAAGUUCGGACUCCUAGCGGUUGCUGGAGCUCCGGCUUUGGCCAUCAUGAAGGCGACGGGGUCAUUGGGCCGGAAAACUAAAAAGGAAAAGUCCCCAACUUAUGACAGUUCUUCAGCUGUUGAACCGAUAUCCCCAACUACUGAAAUACCUAUAAAGAAGACACCACCUAAACCUCUGCCCAAACCUGUAGAUAUUUCUAAAGGUGUUCCAGUCAAUUUACAGUCGACGACUGUGAAUGUAGUAAGCCCAACCACAUUGGAAAUAAAAGAUACAAUUCAUGCACAGCACUUUGACAGUCUGCCUCGUAAGAAGGACGUUAAAACCGAGUCUGUAGAAAAGGUUACAAGAAAGGUUAAUGUAGAAGGUGUGCGUGACUCUGCAGCAGGUGUUGAAGUACCGCUUACGACAGCUCUAGACAGGGGGAUCAUCAACCAACAGGAAGGUACAUACACUAACAGUUUGACUGGACAGACCUUCACUUUGACCGAAGCCCUUGACCUUGGUUACAUACAGGGCAAAGUUGUUGACACAAUAUCAACCAAGGAGCAAACCACGAAGGAAGGCUUCCAAGCAGACGUCACAUUCCACGAGAAGAAGAGACUGUCAAUUGUAGCAGUGACCGAUUCUUUAACUGGUGAGAAACUAUCGCUGCCCGAGGCCGUUGUUCGUGGCAUAGUGGACAAAGAAGGUCGUACUUACUACCAUAAGGAAACAGGGAAGCGGAUUCCCAUUCUUGAUGCUGUACAGGAACAUCUUGUGGUUGCUAGGGAUGUUGACUCACAGAUGAAAACAGACGAAACAUUUCAGACCUCAAAGCAAGACAUUAUCACACAGACAAAGUCGUUGAAAGUCCACACUGUUGUAGACCCAGCCACACAGGAGAGAAUGAGCCUCCCAGAGGCUGUGAGGAAGGAUGUCCUUGACCUGAAGGUUGGGAUAUUGAAGAAUGUACGUACGGGUGAGGAGAUACCACUGAGUGAAGGUCUCAGACAAGGCUUAGUCCAGGGGGAUGAUGUUGCUGGCUUUACUUCCAUCAAAGGUUCUGAAGUAUAUGAGCAGACAGCUGAAACUUUACAUCUAAAAUCGGCAUUUGACAGUGAGACUGGACAAUUUAUUCCUAUAAAAUUAGCCAUAGAGAAAGGUAUCAUUGACAGUCAUUAUGGAAAAUUCAGGAAACCUAAUGGAGAGAUCAUUCCUGUUUCCAAGGCAGUGAAGGAAGGGCUCAUCAAAGCAGAAUCCAAGCGCCCAAUGUCUCCAAUGUCUCCUAGAACAACAGGUGUCACAUUUGAAAAGAAAUCAGUGAAUAUUCAGUCAGUGCAUGACCCAGUCUCCGGACAGGACAUUCCGGUGGUAGAUGCCGUUGACAGAGGAAUUCUUAACUUACAGACAGGUGUGUUUUUCAACUGUCGUACAGGAGAGAGGAUGAGUAUUCCUGAGGCUAUAGCUAAGGGGUCCAUCAAAGCUGAGAGUUAUCCUUCAGAAAUAGGACCAAUGGGCACAACAUUUACUGUGGAUGUAGGAUCUAAAUCAUUGACACUUCUGUCUGUGACGGAUCCCAGGACUGGUGAAAAGAUGCCUGUAUCCAAGGCCCAAAGACGUGGGCUGGUGUCCGAUGACCUCAAGACUUAUCAUGAUCCCUCUGGACCUGUGAUGGAUAUCUCAGAUGCAGUGAAGCAGGGGCUGGUAGAAGCUGGUACUCAAGAGGCAAUACCAGUUCUUACCUCCGUCACUAGAGAGUCUGUCACGGUCCAGUGCCUGAUAGAUCCAGUCACACAAACGGAGAUCCCAGUACAUGUUGCCAUACAGAAAGGGUUGUUUGAACCAGAGAGAGGUUUAGUUACAAACCUUCGAACUGGCGACAAAAUGUCUGUCGAAGAUGGUGUGAGGAAAGGCCUGGUCAAGGUUGAUUCCUCAAAGGUUAAAGAAAAGACAGAUGACCUUGUGGUAAUCAAGGAUGUAAUUGUCACUAAGGUCAAGGAUCCUAUGACUGGACGUGACCUCAAGGUCAAGGAGGCUGUCAGAAAGGGCAUUCUUGACAAGGAUAAAGGGUUGUAUUAUGACCCUCAUACUGGGGCAUCCAUGCCAAUUGAGGAAGCUCUGAAGAGCCACCUGGUGGAGGGAAGUCAUAUGUCACAGAGUCAGCUGGUUGACAAAAAGACAAAGGAUAUGAAGCAAAUCAACAUCACCAUGGUGCUUGAUCCUGAGUCUGGUAGGGAAAUCUCUGUCAAUGAGGCGAUUGAACGUGGAAUUGUUGACCAAGAUAUGACUACAUAUUAUGACAGGAAGCUGGGUAAGAGCAUCAAGAUGGAGGACGCUUUUCAAAAUGGCCAAGUUUCUGGAGUUGUACAGACUAUCACCACAACACAGACAAAGGUAAAAUCUAACCGACCUGGUUCCACCUACAACAUCAGAAGUGUCAUGGAUACUGCUUCAGGGAAAAUGCUGAAUGUAGCUGAUGCAGUCAACAGAGGCAUACUUGAUGAGAAAGGAAACUUUGUUGACACAAGUAAGGGAGAGGUUAUCCCGGUCUCAAAGGCGAUGAAGAAAGGCCUUGUCAGUGCUGAUGAGGUAGUGGCUACUAGUCCGGGAAGUAAAACUGACCAUCGAGGUGUCAGAUUGAGGGACGCCCUGAGGUACGGCUACAUUGACAUUCCUACGGGCAUUUACACUGAACCUACAAAGGGCAAGAUGUACACCAUCGAUGAGGCCAUUAGAAAUGGUCAUCUGACAGCAGAUGACAAACGCCCAUAUCGUUAUUCCGGGCCAAAAUAUGACAAUACCACUCACAGUUUCCAGCACGCUCUGCAGACAGGCCUCCUGGAUCCCAAGACAGCGAUGUUCGAUGAGAAAUUAUCAGGAAAAUACUUAUCGGUGGAAGAAGCUCUUAAGCAUCGAUACCUGUCACCUAUAGCAGGCAGGGUAGGGGGUCAAGGUGACUCAGUUAUUAUUCUGAAGGGGGCAGAAGUGUCUCCGGUCAUGUCUGAGGGGAUUCUGUAUACUGACUUUGUUGAUCCCAAAACUGGUGAAGAAAUUGACACAAAAGAGGCUACCAAAAGGGGACUGGUUAGCGUGGUCAGUGUCCAACAACCAAUCACGGUAAGCGAUGCUAUCCGAACAGGGUUGGUGGACAGUGACACUGGUGUGUACCAUGAUCCCAAGUCUGGCGACAAACUGUCCGUGGAUGAGGCAGUCAUCUGCGGGUUCCUGAACAUGGACAAACCUGAGAUACUGGAGGAUGUGCACCUUCCACAUAGUGAAGAACUCCCAGUGUCACUGACUGAAGCCAUCAGAAAAGGGGCUCUCAACGUGACUAAUGCUGAAUUCACAGAACCGCACACCCAACAGACUGUGUCGCUACAAAAGGCUAUUCAGCUUGGAUAUCUACAACCAAAACUGACAAGUAAUGAUGACAUUGAUGAUGUAACAAAUGACAGCAGUGGAAGUAGUAAAACGGAUGACAGUUUUGAUGGUAAGACAGAGGACAGCAUGGAUGGUAAGACUGAUAACUCUGUCAUUGAUGACCUGCCUCGCGAGGUUGAGGCAGAGAAAUACACAGUUGUCCUUGAGGGAUCACCAUUUUCUCCCAAGGUAGGGGUGGUUGUAGACCAGGAUGGUGGUGUGGUUUCACGCACGGCAACCGAGGUGCAGAUUAAAACAGGCACUGCUGUAUAUGUCACCAAGCCUGGCUUUAUUGUCGAGUCUAGUGGGCGGGUACGCAACACCUCGACGGGUGAUGUGAUGACAUUCCAAGAGGCUGUCGAUGCAGGACUGGUGGAGGCUGAGAGUGUCGAGGGCAGCAGUGAAGUUCAGGUAACAGGCGGCACCAUCCCACCAGGCCUUGAAGGUGACUCUUCCUCCGGAUCCUCCCUGACUACAUCCCUGACUACUUCUGAUGGGAAAACCGUUUUACAGGACUCGGAGACAAAGAUGUCUAACCAAGUGGACGGCUCAACAUCUCUCCAUCGUGAUUCAAGUGGUAACCAUGGGAUCGGUGAUGAAGGACAGGGACCCCAUACAAUGACCUUGACCCAGAUUAUGCAGCAAGGCCUUUUUAAUCCCUGCAGUGGAUUAUUUCAUGACCCAGUUUCCGGAAAUAACUUUUCUCUCGGUGCGGCCAUUAAACAUGGUUUGAUCGAUGCCAAGAAAUCUUUAUUCAAGCUUCCUCAGACAGGGGAGAUAAUCGAUCUACAAGAAGCAAUUCAAAGUGGCGCUGUCAACAGUAAAACCGGCAAUGUGUUUGAUUAUGUCAAAGGCGAGGAAAUUCCAUUGCAUGUGGCUGUGCGACGUAAACUUGUCUCAGAUGAUUCAGAAAUUGUGUCUGGUCGGUCGUUUUCUAUUAACACUACCGACGACCCACUUACAUUCCAGGAUAGGAUAAAGGGAGGUAAGCUAUCGUUCCCGCUUAAUGUGACUGAAACUAAUUUUGAGGAAACAAUAUCCAUCCGUGAUAAAAAGUCUGGAUCAGUAGUAAGUUUGAAAGAUGCUAGGAAGAACAGCAUUGUUAAGUUUAUAGAGAGUGAUUUAUCCAGUACAAAAGUAGGAAUGAAGGGCUGUUUCGUUAAGGACACAUUUAAUGACAAGUGGCUAUCCUGGGAUAAAGCCUGUGAUGCUGGCCUUGUUGGAAAUCUAGACAUCACUUCAGAAAAUUCUGCUAACCGCCGUGACUCCAAGCAGAUCAAAAGAGUCACAUGGUCAUCUUUCAAUGACAAAAAGAGGGAAAGUUGCGAUGCUAAGAAAGAGGAAGACGAUGAUAGUGGGAAAGACCCGUCUGAGUCAGAAUUGGAUAUGGAAAUUGCAGCAGCACUCAAAGCAAAGAAUAAAAGAAAACAUUCCAUAGAAUUGUGUUCGAUGUCGGAUUUACCAGUGACAUUAGACGACGUCAUAGAUAAUGGUCUCUAUGACCCGGUCACCAACACAGUAUGUGAUGUCAGCACUGAUGAAUCUGUUGCAUUUGUGGAUGCUAUUGAGCGAGGUCUGGUUCAUAAAGCCUCUUUGAUUCGUGAUCCUGUGAGCAAAGACAUUUUAACAUUAGAGGAGGCUAUAGAUAAACGUAUCAUUGACCCUCUUUCAGGGAGAAUGAUGUUGUCGUCAGGGUUACCAAUCGCAUUAAACUUCGCUGUCAACAGGGGCUUGGUAGUGAAAUGUAAAUCUCCAUUCUCUCUCUCACUUUCGGAAGCCAUUGAGGAGGGACUUUUCGACAUAACUACAGGGAUGAUGCUAAACCCAGACACAGAGGAAAAAAUGGGGUUCUCCCAGGCCAUAUUCUCUGGAAUGUUGGAUUGUAGUAUCAUUAAGGUACGGGACGUGGACAGUGGUGAGGUUCUGGGAUUUCAGGAGGCCGUUGAGAGAGAUCUGCUAAAUCUAGCGACGGGGAUGUGUUACGAUACCUCCAGUGGGGAUACCCUUUCUCUCAUAGAGAGUAUUGAAAGGGGCAUUCUUAUAGACCUGACAAAUCAGCCGAAAUAUAGUCUCCUGGAGGUCGUUGAUGACUGUCUCGUGGAUGACGAAGGUAAAUUCCAUGAUCCAUCAACAGGGUACGCAGUCUCGUUAAUAAGUGCUAUAGACUCGAGUCUCCUCGACCGUGACUGUGUUCUUGUCCGGGAUUUAGAGAGUCAAACUCUGGUAACAUUAGACGGAGCUAUAAAUGAGGGCAUUGUGAACUCCCUCACAGGAACAUACUCAUGUGGCAAAACUAACUGUGAUUUCAACACAGCCGUGUCAAAAGGUUUACUCAUACAAAAUCUCGGCAGUACAGAUUUAAAUCUGAUUGAUGCAAUUCAUGAAGGAGUUUACAAUGUGACUCGUCAAAAUUUCAUGGAUCCAAGGAACGGAGAAGUGAAGUCCUUCAAGGAAGCUCUGGAGUCAAAGCUUGUACGCUGUGAUGAUAUUGUGAUAAAAAAUUCAAAGUCUGAAGAAUAUCUGACAUUUGAGGAAGCAGUGUCGAGAAAACUCCUGGACUUGGAAGAAUGUCAAGUAUUUGAUCCUCUAGAGGAUGAAUGGUUAGAUUUGAAGACAGCACUAGCUCAUGGGCUUCUCAGACAGACCAUGGGAGAACCAGCUAAAGGCCUUGUUACCAUAGUGACUGAUGGCACGUACGACCCUGAACUACAGAGGGUCAAGGACAAAACCUCUCAAAUGUGCGUCGAUGUGGAAGAUGCUAUUUCUAUAGGUAUUGUUGAUCCUUCUCAUACAUUUGUUCGUGAUAAUGCUCGUAACCAAUUCAUUCCACUCUCAGAGGCGAUUAAUUAUCACUUGAUGGAUAAAUACUCUGGAAAGGUGACAGACACAAAGACAUUUGAGAAAUUAGAUUUGUGUACAGCGGUGGAGAAAAAGUUGGUGGUAGAGAUGCCGGAGAAGGGGUUUACACUGGUAGAUAUCGUAAGUAAUGAACUGUACAGCAAAGAAAAACAAACCAUCCUACACCCAAGGACAUGUGCAAGGAUGUCGCUUCAGGAAGCAAUUUCGUGUAAACUUGUGGAUGGCUCUCAACCACAAGUUCUUGUGGCAGAACGGGGAAUUUUUAGCCCAAAAGAAGCAAUAGCAAAGAAAAUAUUGGAUGCCUCAACUGGAGCCUAUCUAGAGCAUACUCCACUACCUGAGGCUGUGGCUAAAGGAUUUGUUUUUAAAUCAGAACAGAAAGGAUAUCAGCCAUUUUUGACAGAAAUUGCCGAUAUUCUGAAAGAUUCUGAUUUCACUUCGUUGACAUCUGCUAAACAAAUCAAUGACUCAAGUCUCGGAGGUCAGAGUGAAUAUUCUCGAAGAUCAAACUAUGGAAAGCCUUUCUUUGGAAUUCAGAGAGCAGUUGAGGAGGGUAUUUUCGAAAAGCACAGAUGCACAUUUUAUGACCUCAGGAUUAAGUCCUCGGUUACUAUGGCAGAUGCAUUAAAGACUUUUCUUAUCCAUGGCACAAGGUCUAGGGUCAUGAACCCAGACACUCAGAAGUAUAUAUCUCUCAGUGAGGCUGUGGAUAAAGGAAUUGUCAGUGGCAAGACUGGGUCUAUCCUGGACAGGCAAAACAUGAAGAGCAUUCCACUAGAAAAAGCGGUUGAGGAAAACUUAGUUGUGGAUGUGCCGUUCACACGAGUUACUCUUGAUGAGGCCGUGUCGUACGGCUUACUGAAUACAAAUGUUCUGAAAAUGCAGAGCAUGAUCUGUGACGAGAGGGUUUCGUUGGCUGAUGCUCUUGAUAAGGGUCUGAUCGACACGGAGGAUUCACUUGUCAAGGAUGUUGACAAGGACAUUGUGAUGACCUUGAAAAAGGCAGUUGACUGUGGCCUAUUUAACACAACAACGGCAUGUGUUGUUUGUGACUCGGGACGUAUUGUCAGCCUUAUGGACGCACUAAAUGAAGGUCUUAUCCUCAACGGUCGAAGUCUGUGUAAUUUUCCAAGACUUCCACAUUUGAGAAAACGGACCUUACAACUCGAUUCCUUAUCUAAUAGUGUGGAGAUUGCCUCCAAGCAACCCAAACAUUCCAGUGACAGCUCCGGCAUUGACAUGCAGGAGAACGAUGAUGUGCUUGACCUGAUGGAUCAGAAUAUAGAAGCCAUCAGUUUCGGUGAGGCACUCAGAAGAAACUAUUUAGAUAAAGAAACGGGUAAUUUUCGUUUGUCUGAUAGUGAAACUCCUGUUCCUCUGAAGGAUGCUAUUAGCCAAGGGCUGAUCAAUGUUUCUGGUGUUACAUUCCACGAUAGAAUUACUGACCAGAGUCUUUCUCUCAAACUGGCCUUGGAGGUGGGCUUACUGGAUUCCAGUACACAGACCUCGAGAAGAAAUUCCAGACAUGGAAUAACCUUCAGUGAGGCUGUCCAGGGAGGGCUGCUGACGGAGAAAAUGCAGGUCAACCUUGACAAUUCAGAAACCUCCGACCCCAGAAAACAGAAGAAAUCAUUUGCGGAAAAGUUAUCUAAAGAAAUUGAUAUCAUAAAAACUGCAAAAAACAUGUCAUCCUCCUUAGAUUCCUUAUUACAAGUUGUCAAAGACGACCAGGGAACCUAUCGUCUCGGCACAUUGCACCGUAUACUAAAGAAGGGAAUGCUUAAUCCAAGUACAGGACUGAUGGAUGAUCUUAUAACUGGUCAGCCACUGACCAUACAGGAUGCUGUCCAGAAUAACCUUAUUAAUAUGCGAGCAAGAGAGAUCGUAGAUCCACGGACUAGGGAGCUCCUGACACUACAGGAAGCUAUCAGCCUCAGGGUAGUGGACCCUGUAAGAGGUUGUUACAACGACACUGUCCAUCAGACGUCAAUGUCGCUCAAAGAAGCAAUGGAGCUAAGCCUUAUCAUAGAGGGCUUGGCCGAAGCUCCCCAGCCAAAGAGUUCCGUGGAAAUUUAUGUUGAAGAAAUUCUUACCAAUGAACAGAACAAAGGUAAAGCCAAAUUACAGGAUGCGUUUUCAUCUGGUGUCUUGCAUCGCUCAAAUUCCUCCGUUAUUGAUCCGGACACAGUUCAACCAAUUACAUUAAAGCGUGCUGCAAGUCUUGGAAUGAUUGACAUGAGUACUGGUGAAUUCAAAAACCCCCAAACAGGUGAGAGCAUAUCUCUGAGCGAUGCUGUGGAGAAGGGAUUCAUCUUGAGUCCCAAGGGUCUGACACUGUACAGUGCUGUGAACCAGGGACUCUACAGUGAUAAGAACUGUCAGUUCGUGGACCCGGGUACAGGGAAGGAGCACACUCUGAAGGAGAUGAUUGACAUGGAAAUCAUAACGCCCAUGUGUCUGGAGAUACGUGAUCUCACACAGAAGGGAAUCGUCGUCACACUGCAGACAGCCAUCGACAGGAAAACCAUAGAGCAGAUAAAAAAUGUGUACGUGAAUUUGGUGAAUAAUCAGGUAUACAACUUCAACGAGGCCAUCGCUGCAGGCCUCAUCAUCAGUAACAGUCCACGAGAGGGGCUGCGUGAGAGCAACAACAGCCAGAAUGUCAUGGCCGCCUCAGGUGCGCACACCAUGGAGUCGGUAAGGUACCGCCACUUAGCUGAGAAUGCAUAUGGUCCUGUCCUCACGCGCCCAUUCUCUAUGGGCAGUCGUUCUCGAAACAGCAGUUCGUCUGAUUUGACAACUGAUUCAUCGAGCACGGACAGGAAGGAUCCUCAUACAUGGAUGAUGCCACUUACCUCUGAAAUGAUCCGUCAGAUGAUUGUAAAUGCUAAGCAUAAGAAGGAUGCAGCAGCUCAGAGGAAUGAUAACACAGACAAGAACAGUAAAUCUGAGGACGAGUGCGACGCUGGUUCAAUGACGCCGACCAUGGAUGAAGACAUAGAUGCAGAACAAAAUUUGAGUAUGCAAGAAAACAACAAUGACAAAAACAGAGCUGAAAAAAGCUCAAAUCCAUCGACACCAACUACACCACAGGUCACUGAGAUACCAUGGCAACAUGAGGUCAAGGUCAUAGAAGAGGUCAGAGUCAAACCAGCCAUGGCAGGACUACGGAAGGGAAGGUUAGUUGACUCCUACGACAAACUGGCUCAGGAUCUGAACAAUGAGCUAAACUGGCUCUCAGAUGUUGAACAGUUGCUAAGAGAUGAUCAGCCCAUCAAUGAUGAGGCAAGCAAAGUUCAGGGACAAUUAGACGCACAAAAGACUCUCCAUGACGAUAUCCAGAAGCACCAACAGCCAAUCCUGUCCCUUGUGUAUCAGACUGAGCAGCUCCUUGAGAACCACCAGGAGGAGCUAACUCCUGAACAGGUCACCGAGGUUCAGCAGCUCGUAUCCAGUCUCAAGGCUACGUUCGGCAAGGUCCAGAAAACUGCUGACGGAAGAGUCAAGCAUCUGACCACUGCUUGUAACGAGGUUACUAAAUUUGAAGAGGAGAUGACCAAGUUUAGUGAUUGGCUGAGAGAGACCAAGAACGACCUGACCACACACCAGAGGGAGGUCACCAACCUUGACCGUCUGAAAGAGAUCAAGGAACACCAGAAGGAUAUGAUGAAUGACAUGAUCUCCCACCAGGCAGACAUCAGAUUUAUGUCCAUGGCUGUUCAGAAAUACAUGGAAGAGGCCAAGCUGCACAAGCUAGAGGUUGAUGCAUUCAAGGCCAAUCGCAGGAAGACCAAUCGCCUCAGCUGGCUCGGAAUGGAGGGCAUGGAGGCAGAACAAGUAGGUGACAAAUUAAAAGCAGCAACAACAAGCUAUGAAGACCUCAAAUCCAAAUGUGCAUUGUUUGGAGAAAAACUUGGAACACUUUCAACCAAACAACGGAAUUUCAAUGAGAGUACGUUUAAACUCCUGACUUGGCUAACAGAUGUUGAAGAGAAACUGUCCACAUCAAAACAAGAGUCAGCUACCACAGAACCAGAGGUUCUACGACAACAGCUCGGGCUAAUGCGAUCAGCCAGCAGUGACGCCAUCUCACAUGGAGUACAGCUGGACGAUUUAGAGAAGUUAUCACAUGAUUUGAUUGACAUGUUAAAGGAUUUGGCUGUUGAUGAAGACCACGUACACAAGCUAGAGGAUAUCAUAGACGAUAUCUCUGGUCGACACAAGGAAGUGUUGAAUGAGGUUAAUGAAAGGUCAAACAGCCUCCAGAUGGCGCUGACUAAAUCCCAGGAUGUUGAAGAUGCCCUUGACAACCUGUUGUCAUGGGUACGUGAUACGGACAAAACACUGACCACUCAAAAGCCGGUCAGUCUGAUGAGAGACAGGCUGAGCGAACAAUACCAGGAACUUAAAACAAUAAGUGCCGAUGUGGAAAGUCAUAAACCAAGCUUAGAUUCUGUGAGACAUGAGGCAAACGAACUUAUCAAAACGUGUGAACUAGAUAUGGCGAAGUCACUAGAGUCUAAAUUGGGAGACCUUGCCAACAAAUUUGGAGGUGUCCAGUCUAAGUGUAAGGCCCGAGCCAAAGACAUUGAAGAAAUCUCCGAAACUCUCGGACACUUCCAGGACACACUCGAACACUGUAAUGUCUGGCUGAAUGCCAAAAUAGAGAACCUUGAGGACAAAAACUGGAAUAAAAAGUCUGGUGAUGAAAUGAAAGACAAAGUGGACGGUAUGACUAUCGAGAAAAAGAGGAAGGAAGAAAUUGUGGACGAAUUGAAACAGCUCGGACAGGCUCUUGUUGAAGAUCCUCGUACAGGAGAGGUCAGUGAGUUGAAAGAAAAAGUGACAGAACUUUGUAGAGAGUGGGAGGACUUUAAUGGACUGCUGUCCGAGAGAGAACAAGAGGCAUCGGAAAAGGAGAGACAGUCCGACGAGUACAGCAACACGAAGAAGUCCGUUGUGGACUGGCUGACUACCAUGGAGGGUAAGGUGGACGCAUUCGAGCCCGUGGCUGUUGAUGUGGAGGUGGCAGCUACUCAGAUAGAAGAGCUACAGCCCAUGCUGCAAAACUACCAGGAUUACGUAGAUACAAUUGACGAGGUCAAUGACCUUGGAUGCGCAUUUGACGCCCUUCAAAAUGCUGACCAGAGACCAAGCAGUCCCUUCAGGAAAAUUAUGCGUGAGUUAUUAAAGAAUGUUGAUUCACUGUUAUCGGACCUAGACAACGUGAGACAACUCGUCGCUGAUUAUGAGAUUGCCCUCAUUACUCAUGACAGUUUGUCGUCCGAACCUGAAUCUCUCAGAACCCACAAGGCAGAACUACAGGACCUCCAAGUUUCAGUACAGCAACAACAGCAAAAGGUGGCCUCACUGAAGCGUGACACGGCCAGUCUACGUGUCCACACGGAGAAGUGUCGGCCAGGCGUGGCACGCUACUACGACCUCGAGGGCACAGAGAAGGAGGUGACAGAUCUGGACCAGCGCUGGGACAACGUCUGUAUACAGGUUGUGGAAAGACUAAGGAGUAUGGACACUGCAGGUGACCUACUAUCUCUUUAUACCAACGGCCUCAAGUCCGAGCAGCAGUGGGGGGAUCACACCCAACUGGCCAUCGACACCCAGCCCCCACUCACGCAGGAACUCCCCCAACUCAAACAGAUGAUAGAACCAACCAUGACAAUUUACAACGGACUUGGAGAACGUCAGCAUCAGAUUGAGGCUGUGAAUCGUCACGGUGGCCAGUAUAUUCGUGAGGCAAAGAUUUACGACAGGAAGCUGAAGCAGUACCGAGACAGUCUGGAAGACAUCGACGCCGCCCUGGUAGAAGGUUUGUCCAAACGACGGCGACAUGAGGGUGGGGCCGAGACGGUUAAGACAGAACUGGACAUGCUCAACCGGCGAUAUAUAGAUAUGGUCAAGUGGACCAACAACCGGCUCAAGGAGAUCACUGCCAGAUUGUCCGGAUCCAACGAGGAUAUACAGUUCCAGAUGGUGAUUGAUGAGGAUAUUCCGUUACUUCGUACAUUCCGGGCAGAGCUUGCCAAACGCUCCUCCAUGUUAGUUGAUGAGGACAUGCAGGGUUUCUUUGAGCAGCUCUCCGAGUUUGAAGGCUAUGCUAGCCAGCCAGGGCAAGGAUACAGUGGUCCAGCUAAGACCUUUGUCAGCAAAGUGACGAUGCAUGCACAAAGCACCCAUGAACAGCCUCCGGCUACCCUGACACCAGGCAUCCGGGUAACCAAGAUGAUGGAUACCAUGGAGAAACCUGUGACAGCAGCUGUUGUUCCACAGGUUCAAAUGAGAAUGGUGUCACCACCCCCCUCCGACGCCGGAAAGAGGCUCUCGCAGAAGGUGGCUAGCAUCACUAGCAUAACUGCUCUUGGCAACGUCAGUGAAAUUGAUGGCAAGUUCCCACAGGCUUCUCAAACACUUGUGACUUUAAAACUGGAAAAUUUGGCCCCCAAAGGGACCACUGUGUUUGUGUCGGCCAUCUUGAAUCCCAAAACUGGCCGUAAAUUGAACAUGGUGGAAGCUAUAAAGACAGGAUUGUUUGAUCCAAAAACAGGAUAUUUCAUGGAUCCUAUCACCAGUCGUCGGAUACAAUUCCUUGAAGCAUGUGAUCGAGGCUACAUUUCCUCAGAGCUACAGCGGGAGUUAAAGUCCCCAUGUGGUAUACCUGACCCACGCACCGGCCGUCAGUUAUCUCUGAUGGAUGCCAUACAGAAAGGAUACUUCGAUCCUGUAAAACUUACAUUUAGAGACCCCUCUACGGGGCUACACAUUCCAGUCCAUGAGGCCCUUUCCAGGGGAAUAAUCUCAGAUGAAACAGCUAAGAAGUUGUGUGGGGAUGGCUACGCCGUGACAACUAUCACACAGUCUCAGGCUAUAUUUGGAGACAGGAAACUGUCUUCACUGGAAACAACAAUUGGCCUUGCUGAGGCAGUAGAAAAAGGACUGUAUGACCACUCGACAGGAAAGAUCCUUGACCCACUCUCUGGAAACCACAUGACUAUUCUAGAGGCUGUGGAGAAGGGCUUCAUCAGUCCUUCCAAGAAAGAGAUCAAAGAUCCAUCCAGUGGAGAAUAUGUCACAUUGAUCGAGGCUGUGUCCAAGGGCCUGAUUGAUCCAGAGUCAGGCCAAUGCAUUGAAAAGACAACCGGGAAGAGAAUUCCAUUAGAUGAAGCAUUCCAGCAACAAAUACUGAACAAGCCAUUAACACUAUCAAAGGCUCUGGCUGACGGAACCAUCACCGACAAGGGAUAUUUUGUCGAUCCCCAAUCUGGCAAGGUCAUGGCCUUCUCGGAUGCUGUUGACAAUGGUCUCCUUGACGACAGUGUGAAGUGUAUUGUUGACCCUACUAACAACGACGUCCUGUCUCUGUCAGAGGCAAUAGAGCGGGGCGUUAUUGACUCCAGGGGUCUGUACGUACCCCCAGGGGCAGCACCUCCCACGCCCAUAGGUCAAGCUCUCGAGGAGGGACACAUCAAACUUGUAAGUGAAGAAGUUGUGUUUGCAAAACCAAGUGUAAAGGACUCGCUCACAGGAAAGACUUUGACUCUUGCUGAAGCCCUAAAGCAAGGUGUCAUCACAAGUGGUGGUGAAUUUGUUGAUACUCGGUCUGGACGUCGUGUGUUGUUACGAGCUGCCGGUAGUCAAGGCUUUGUUGUAAAAGACACGGUAGAGAAAUUGACACAAGAAACAUCAAUCAAGGACCUAUCAGGGAAGAAUGUGACAAUGCUGAAGGCUGUUCAGAUGGGACUCAUUAGUCCAACAACAGGGGAAAUCAGGAACUUGGCCACCGGUGAUGUGAUGCCACUACAACAGGCCACUAUGGAGGGUCUAUUGUCUGCGGAGGAUGCUCAAACAGUGAUAGAACUUCUCAGCCCUGUUGUCAUCUACACUGCACUCACCACAAAUCAAAAAUCUGUAAAGGACAAGGAGGAGCCACCCAUGGAGCCCAUCACUGUGUCAGAGGCGUUAGAUCAGGGCCUGCUUGACGAGGAUUCACAGACUUUCAGACAUCCAAGGACAGGCAAGACAAUGCCUGUUGAGGAUGCUAUUGAACAGGGGUUGUUGAAACUGUCAUCUGAAUGGCCACGACCAACAUUGGUGUCAGAGACUAAAGACGAUGCUGACCGCUGGCUGGAGGAGGUCGUCACUAAGAUGUCUCCAGUAUCUCCUGGUCAGUCUGCUACAGUAGAUUCCAAACUGACCAAAGAUGAUGAGGGGUUCUCUUUCACCACAACGACCAUCUCCCGACCUGCCAUCACUGAGAACCUGGUGUCCGAAACAAACUACAUCAAAAUACAGAGCGUUACUGACCCUCGCACCAAGGAGAGAUUGUCACCACAAGAAGCGGCAACACGUGGACUUAUAAAUGUAGCACAGGGGUGCUUCAUCCAUCCAGCCACAGGCAAGAAGUUCACAGUGAAGGAGGCCAUGGACCGAGGGUUCUUGACAGGCAUGGAGGUGGAUACACCUACAGAUCAGGCAGUCAAAGCGGUCCGGUCUUUCUCUAUCACAGGUGUCAUUGAUCCCAACACAGGUGAUAAAAUAUCAGUCUCCCAGGCGGUCAAGGAUGGAAUACUUGACAGAGAGCGAGGUCAGUAUGUGAGUCGAGACGGACUGGGUCGUGAGGUGCUCCUCCCCAUCAGUCAGGCAGUGGAGAAGGGCCUCGUUCUGGCAGAUGAUGUCAGUGUGUCACCUGCAGCACCACUACAGGGUCUUAAACGUGAGACAAGGUCCUAUCAGCUCAAGAGUGUAAAACACCCGAUUACUGGAAAAAACAUAUCUGUCUUGGAUGCAGUGCAGGAAGGAAUACUAGAUGAGCAUAAUGGUGUAUACAUAAACACAUCCACGGGUGAAAAGCUACGUAUCCCAGAGGCUAUCGAACAGAAGCUCAUAGACGCUGAAUUGUCGUCCAUCACUUCCAGCGAUGGCGUAGACGGCAGUAAGGUGGUCACAACUAAACUGACAACCCUGAAGGUGUCGUGGGUAGUAGAUCCUAGAACCAGUGCUACCAUAUCCGUGGCAAAGGCUGUCGAAGAGGGGAUUGUCAACCAGCAUAACGGCACAUAUAUUAAUAUUGUCACAGGUGAAGUCAUGUCUAUGAAUGAUGCCAUAGAGAAAAAGCUGGCUAUAGCAACUGCUUCAGGCGUUGAAUCAUCUGGCAGCUCUGACAUUCACAGUAUUCACAUCACAGAGGAGCUUGAGGCUAUGGAGGCAACACUGGUGGAAGACAUCACGGCAGAGACAGUGACCUUGAGCAUUAGCAGUGUGGUUGACCCCAUCACCAUGGAGAUGUUGUCAUAUGAUGAUGCUGUCAUAAGUGGAGUUCUUGACCUCAAUAAGGGCUUGUAUGUCAAUCCAAGGUCAGGUGAAGUUAUUCCGAUCAACAGCGCGCUCAACAAAGGACUCAUACAUGCUGAUGUGACUGGUCAAAAAGUUGAGGAGGAUAUCUUCCACAGCUCUGUACAGGCAGGAAGUGGGGGAUUUUCCCUCAAACAUGUCGCAUCAAUCAGAGACGCAAAAACUGGACUGGAGAUGUCGCCUUUCAAGGCUGUACAGCAAGGCCUCAUUGAUAUAGAGAAAGGAACGUUCCUGGACACAAAAACCUGCAUGAGGAUUCCUUUAGAGGAUGCAUUCAAACAGGGGUUCUUUUCCAUGUCCAAGGCCACUGAUGCUGACGAAAUCACCCGACUCAUGAACGAAUCACAAGAGGAGGUAUCUCCACCUGUGAUAUCAGAAAAUGGAUUCACACCAAAUGUAGUAGAGAUGAAAUUGGAAAGGUCUGGAAUGCAAGAUAGCGACAAACAAAAGUCUGAUGUAGCUGAUGAGAUCCUCAACUACACAACAGAUGUAGAACAAAGCUUCGAGAUGGAUACUGAAGAUUUUCCAGAUUCUCACAGGAAUGGACAGCUGACACUGGGCACCAAACAGACAACCAAGAUGGGGGCUGAUGUCCGCGGAGUGAAUGUGAACACUGUUGCCUUCCCACAGGGAUUGUCCUACUGUGAGGCAGUCAAUGUCGGUCUGGUAGACCCUACAUCUGGAAAGGUCCGAGAUCCCAGGAGUGGAAAUCUGAUUUCUUUGCAGGAAGCAAUGGAACAAGGUAUCAUCAACCCACUGAAGCCGGCCAUGGUCAGCAUUGUCGGCAACAACACCCUGACACUGCAGGAUGCAUUCAAACAAGGGCUUGUUGAUCCAGGUACCGGACGGGUCAACUACCAGAAGAGCAAAACUGAUCAGUUCCAGAUCAGCCCUAACCUUCCUACUCAGUUCUCGUCUCCGGGGCCUCUCAAUCUGUUGGAUGCUUUAAAGGCCGGACUUUACAAUCCAGCCAGCCAGAAGUUUCUGGAACCAUUGUCAGGAGACACCAUGUCUAUACAAGAGGCAGUCAACCGUAACGUGCUGAACGGAAACAUGGUGACAGUCAAAGAUAUGUCAUCAGGACGCCGUAUUUCACUCAAGCUGGCCCUUAGCAAGGGUCUCAUUGACGGAGCUACUGCUACUGUAACAGACACAGCCACUGGGGAAGUGAUGUCAUUGGAAGAGGCAGUAAAGCGUGGAUUGAUUCAGAAUUCUGUAAAUGAAGAGGAGGGUACUGUGUAUGACACAGUGACCGGAGAAGGUAUUCCCCUGAACAAGGCCAUUACAGAUGGACAAUUACGUGCAGAAGACGUCACCAUCUUAGAUACAACAACUGGUGAGAUGGUGUCCAUGGACGUUGCCUUCAGGAAAGGUCUGAUUGACAGGAGGACAGGCAGUGUCAAGGACAAGCAGACCGGACAAAAGAUGACUGCUCAGGAGGCUGUAAAGCUGGGGCUCAUGGCAGUAGUUGGAGCUCCAGUUCUGGCAGGAAAGGCUGUUUUUGAUGCAGUGAAAGGUAGGAAAGGACAGACGUGGACUGAAGAUACGAGUCAUACAGGACAAACAUGGAAGAUGGACGUCUCACCAACAAGGGACACGUUUCAGAAACGGACAUUGUCAAGUUCCUCUAGUUCUCCUCAAAGGUCACCUGUGAAGGACCCCAGUGACCGUUUUGGAUCGCCGACUAAAGACAAAGACCAUUCACCUGUGAAAGAUACAAAGGACCGUUAUGGAUCGCCAAUAAAAGUCCAAGACAAAUCACCUAUGAGGGACAAUGGAUUUAGUGUGAAUGGAAAUGGUCUUCAUGAUGAUGACAUUCAACAACCACUGACUACCAUUGUCUAUGCUAAACCAACAGACCGAAUUAAGGUCUCUCAGCCCCAGAGACAGACUGAUCGAUUGGACUCUCCAGAUGACCGUAGCCCAAGCCCGGCCUAUGGUUUUAUGGUAAGUGAGGAUCAGGAGAAGAAAACUGAUUCCUCUUCUGUGUACAAACAGCGUGAUGAGACUGAUGUUUCUGCGUCUUUAACGUCUCAUGGAGACAUUUCCUCUUCUCUUUGGGGGCCCCAAUCUGUGUCAAGUGUGAGUUUAUCUUCCCUUUCAUCCCCUUCCACCUCAAAUGCCCCGGAUGUGGUUACCAGGCCUUCCCAACAAUUGCAUGGGGCUGACCCUCAAGGUCCUUUUAUCUCUGGUACCAGGGUGUUUGUUAAGUCCAGUGAUCCUCCGUCAGCUGAUAAGGUUCCUACUCCUCCCCUAUCUCCAAUAACUGUCCAAUAUUCCACCUCCUCAGUAAUGACCAAAGAUGACCUCACUGUUGACUGGACAGCAGGAAAGGUCAUCAUCUCGAAAACGGGGGAAGUUAUGAAUGUUCCUGAGGCUGUACAAAGGGGUUUAUUAGACUCGGACACAGUUGAGAAAUUGGCCGAGAAAGCGGCGUUGGAGUCUAAGACUCCCGAAAUAGAUAUAAACUGGGAGGAUGGUACGAUCACUGUUAGGGACACCCAGGAAAAGAUUUCUCUGAUGGAAGCAAAGUCCCGUGGCUACUUAGACUUACAAACAUCUAUGACAUUGAAAACUGUGAUUGAGAAAAUGGAGGAAAUUACAACAGAGGAGACAAAGCAAAUUGUACCUGUCAUUGUAAAGAAACCAAUUGGUACAAAAGUACAGGAAACCACAGUUGUACGUAAAACCAAGAAAGUAGUCGAAGGAAACGAACCUCCCGAAUAUGUAUCUCCAGACGCUAUGGUAGAAGGAUUCUUGAGUCUUAACGAUAUAAUAAGGGUUGAAAAAAACGUGACCGAUUCAGGUAGCAUAUUUGUCCAGGGCUACAACUAUCCCAUAUCUGUACGUAGAGCUAUAGACGAACAUUUAAUUGACAUAGACAGUUCCUGUAUAGUUGAUCCCCAAACUGGAAAGCUUCUUAAUUUGAACGAGGCCAUUCGUAUGAAGGUAUUUGACCCCUUGACUGGGAAGCUAACCCAUCUAGGGACAGGGGAAACAAUCACACUUAAGGAAGCAUUCCUGGAGGGUCUAAUUCCACAACCGGGUUACAGUGUGACAUUUCACACGGAGACGGAGACAGAUGUUGGGGAACAGCUGAGCACUUCGCUUUCUCUGUUAGAAGCGGUGGAGCACCACCUAGUGGACCAGAACAGUGGAACUUACACGCACCCACAAACAGGUGAGAUCAUGUCCCUUGCCGCCGCCAUACAGUACGGCUACAUAGACUCUGUUGACAGUCACCACAACGUCAAAUGGUCGGAGUCACAUGUUGACAGGAAGGAGGAGAAGAUCAUAGAAGAAACAAGAGUCCAGCUUAAACCAAUUGCUCUAAAACCUAGCACGCUGAAGACUUUCUCUACUGCUCCAUCAGUACAGGAGACAACACAGUUUGCCAAGACUGCUCAGAUUGAGGAGACAAGGAGUUUUACAGAAGCCAUGCAGGUUGAACAAAACAUGACGGAAUCCAGAUUUGAUACACGUACAGAUUCUCAAUUUGACAGUUCCACAUCCAGUGUACACAGACUAGAUGCUUUAAGAGACCAGCUUAUGAACACAUCCCAGCAAGACAGGGUGGUUCAGGAGGUACAGCAGGUGAGCCUCAGUUCUGCCAUAGAGAUGGGCUAUUUCAGUGAAGAGAGUGGUAUGUUCACUGAACCACGAACCAGGCAGGAAAUGACCUUAGAUGAGGCAAUCAAGCGUGGACACAUCGAUGGCAACAGCUUGAUGGUUGAUAUCAAGACAGAUGAGAGACUAACCCUACAGGAGGGUAUCCAGACAGGAAGGAUCGAUCCCAUUCAGGGAAAGGUUGUUGAUAAGGAUUCCCAGUCUAAAUUUUCCCUGAAGGAUGCUGCCAAGUUCGGACUCCUAGCGGUUGCUGGAGCUCCGGCUUUGGCCAUCAUGAAGGCGACGGGGUCAUUGGGCCGGAAAACUAAAAAGGAAAAGUCCCCAACUUAUGACAGUUCUUCAGCUGUUGAACCGAUAUCCCCAACUACUGAAAUACCUAUAAAGAAGACACCACCUAAACCUCUGCCCAAACCUGUAGAUAUUUCUAAAGGUGUUCCAGUCAAUUUACAGUCGACGACUGUGAAUGUAGUAAGCCCAACCACAUUGGAAAUAAAAGAUACAAUUCAUGCACAGCACUUUGACAGUCUGCCUCGUAAGAAGGACGUUAAAACCGAGUCUGUAGAAAAGGUUACAAGAAAGGUUAAUGUAGAAGGUGUGCGUGACUCUGCAGCAGGUGUUGAAGUACCGCUUACGACAGCUCUAGACAGGGGGAUCAUCAACCAACAGGAAGGUACAUACACUAACAGUUUGACUGGACAGACCUUCACUUUGACCGAAGCCCUUGACCUUGGUUACAUACAGGGCAAAGUUGUUGACACAAUAUCAACCAAGGAGCAAACCACGAAGGAAGGCUUCCAAGCAGACGUCACAUUCCACGAGAAGAAGAGACUGUCAAUUGUAGCAGUGACCGAUUCUUUAACUGGUGAGAAACUAUCGCUGCCCGAGGCCGUUGUUCGUGGCAUAGUGGACAAAGAAGGUCGUACUUACUACCAUAAGGAAACAGGGAAGCGGAUUCCCAUUCUUGAUGCUGUACAGGAACAUCUUGUGGUUGCUAGGGAUGUUGACUCACAGAUGAAAACAGACGAAACAUUUCAGACCUCAAAGCAAGACAUUAUCACACAGACAAAGUCGUUGAAAGUCCACACUGUUGUAGACCCAGCCACACAGGAGAGAAUGAGCCUCCCAGAGGCUGUGAGGAAGGAUGUCCUUGACCUGAAGGUUGGGAUAUUGAAGAAUGUACGUACGGGUGAGGAGAUACCACUGAGUGAAGGUCUCAGACAAGGCUUAGUCCAGGGGGAUGAUGUUGCUGGCUUUACUUCCAUCAAAGGUUCUGAAGUAUAUGAGCAGACAGCUGAAACUUUACAUCUAAAAUCGGCAUUUGACAGUGAGACUGGACAAUUUAUUCCUAUAAAAUUAGCCAUAGAGAAAGGUAUCAUUGACAGUCAUUAUGGAAAAUUCAGGAAACCUAAUGGAGAGAUCAUUCCUGUUUCCAAGGCAGUGAAGGAAGGGCUCAUCAAAGCAGAAUCCAAGCGCCCAAUGUCUCCAAUGUCUCCUAGAACAACAGGUGUCACAUUUGAAAAGAAAUCAGUGAAUAUUCAGUCAGUGCAUGACCCAGUCUCCGGACAGGACAUUCCGGUGGUAGAUGCCGUUGACAGAGGAAUUCUUAACUUACAGACAGGUGUGUUUUUCAACUGUCGUACAGGAGAGAGGAUGAGUAUUCCUGAGGCUAUAGCUAAGGGGUCCAUCAAAGCUGAGAGUUAUCCUUCAGAAAUAGGACCAAUGGGCACAACAUUUACUGUGGAUGUAGGAUCUAAAUCAUUGACACUUCUGUCUGUGACGGAUCCCAGGACUGGUGAAAAGAUGCCUGUAUCCAAGGCCCAAAGACGUGGGCUGGUGUCCGAUGACCUCAAGACUUAUCAUGAUCCCUCUGGACCUGUGAUGGAUAUCUCAGAUGCAGUGAAGCAGGGGCUGGUAGAAGCUGGUACUCAAGAGGCAAUACCAGUUCUUACCUCCGUCACUAGAGAGUCUGUCACGGUCCAGUGCCUGAUAGAUCCAGUCACACAAACGGAGAUCCCAGUACAUGUUGCCAUACAGAAAGGGUUGUUUGAACCAGAGAGAGGUUUAGUUACAAACCUUCGAACUGGCGACAAAAUGUCUGUCGAAGAUGGUGUGAGGAAAGGCCUGGUCAAGGUUGAUUCCUCAAAGGUUAAAGAAAAGACAGAUGACCUUGUGGUAAUCAAGGAUGUAAUUGUCACUAAGGUCAAGGAUCCUAUGACUGGACGUGACCUCAAGGUCAAGGAGGCUGUCAGAAAGGGCAUUCUUGACAAGGAUAAAGGGUUGUAUUAUGACCCUCAUACUGGGGCAUCCAUGCCAAUUGAGGAAGCUCUGAAGAGCCACCUGGUGGAGGGAAGUCAUAUGUCACAGAGUCAGCUGGUUGACAAAAAGACAAAGGAUAUGAAGCAAAUCAACAUCACCAUGGUGCUUGAUCCUGAGUCUGGUAGGGAAAUCUCUGUCAAUGAGGCGAUUGAACGUGGAAUUGUUGACCAAGAUAUGACUACAUAUUAUGACAGGAAGCUGGGUAAGAGCAUCAAGAUGGAGGACGCUUUUCAAAAUGGCCAAGUUUCUGGAGUUGUACAGACUAUCACCACAACACAGACAAAGGUAAAAUCUAACCGACCUGGUUCCACCUACAACAUCAGAAGUGUCAUGGAUACUGCUUCAGGGAAAAUGCUGAAUGUAGCUGAUGCAGUCAACAGAGGCAUACUUGAUGAGAAAGGAAACUUUGUUGACACAAGUAAGGGAGAGGUUAUCCCGGUCUCAAAGGCGAUGAAGAAAGGCCUUGUCAGUGCUGAUGAGGUAGUGGCUACUAGUCCGGGAAGUAAAACUGACCAUCGAGGUGUCAGAUUGAGGGACGCCCUGAGGUACGGCUACAUUGACAUUCCUACGGGCAUUUACACUGAACCUACAAAGGGCAAGAUGUACACCAUCGAUGAGGCCAUUAGAAAUGGUCAUCUGACAGCAGAUGACAAACGCCCAUAUCGUUAUUCCGGGCCAAAAUAUGACAAUACCACUCACAGUUUCCAGCACGCUCUGCAGACAGGCCUCCUGGAUCCCAAGACAGCGAUGUUCGAUGAGAAAUUAUCAGGAAAAUACUUAUCGGUGGAAGAAGCUCUUAAGCAUCGAUACCUGUCACCUAUAGCAGGCAGGGUAGGGGGUCAAGGUGACUCAGUUAUUAUUCUGAAGGGGGCAGAAGUGUCUCCGGUCAUGUCUGAGGGGAUUCUGUAUACUGACUUUGUUGAUCCCAAAACUGGUGAAGAAAUUGACACAAAAGAGGCUACCAAAAGGGGACUGGUUAGCGUGGUCAGUGUCCAACAACCAAUCACGGUAAGCGAUGCUAUCCGAACAGGGUUGGUGGACAGUGACACUGGUGUGUACCAUGAUCCCAAGUCUGGCGACAAACUGUCCGUGGAUGAGGCAGUCAUCUGCGGGUUCCUGAACAUGGACAAACCUGAGAUACUGGAGGAUGUGCACCUUCCACAUAGUGAAGAACUCCCAGUGUCACUGACUGAAGCCAUCAGAAAAGGGGCUCUCAACGUGACUAAUGCUGAAUUCACAGAACCGCACACCCAACAGACUGUGUCGCUACAAAAGGCUAUUCAGCUUGGAUAUCUACAACCAAAACUGACAAGUAAUGAUGACAUUGAUGAUGUAACAAAUGACAGCAGUGGAAGUAGUAAAACGGAUGACAGUUUUGAUGGUAAGACAGAGGACAGCAUGGAUGGUAAGACUGAUAACUCUGUCAUUGAUGACCUGCCUCGCGAGGUUGAGGCAGAGAAAUACACAGUUGUCCUUGAGGGAUCACCAUUUUCUCCCAAGGUAGGGGUGGUUGUAGACCAGGAUGGUGGUGUGGUUUCACGCACGGCAACCGAGGUGCAGAUUAAAACAGGCACUGCUGUAUAUGUCACCAAGCCUGGCUUUAUUGUCGAGUCUAGUGGGCGGGUACGCAACACCUCGACGGGUGAUGUGAUGACAUUCCAAGAGGCUGUCGAUGCAGGACUGGUGGAGGCUGAGAGUGUCGAGGGCAGCAGUGAAGUUCAGGUAACAGGCGGCACCAUCCCACCAGGCCUUGAAGGUGACUCUUCCUCCGGAUCCUCCCUGACUACAUCCCUGACUACUUCUGAUGGGAAAACCGUUUUACAGGACUCGGAGACAAAGAUGUCUAACCAAGUGGACGGCUCAACAUCUCUCCAUCGUGAUUCAAGUGGUAACCAUGGGAUCGGUGAUGAAGGACAGGGACCCCAUACAAUGACCUUGACCCAGAUUAUGCAGCAAGGCCUUUUUAAUCCCUGCAGUGGAUUAUUUCAUGACCCAGUUUCCGGAAAUAACUUUUCUCUCGGUGCGGCCAUUAAACAUGGUUUGAUCGAUGCCAAGAAAUCUUUAUUCAAGCUUCCUCAGACAGGGGAGAUAAUCGAUCUACAAGAAGCAAUUCAAAGUGGCGCUGUCAACAGUAAAACCGGCAAUGUGUUUGAUUAUGUCAAAGGCGAGGAAAUUCCAUUGCAUGUGGCUGUGCGACGUAAACUUGUCUCAGAUGAUUCAGAAAUUGUGUCUGGUCGGUCGUUUUCUAUUAACACUACCGACGACCCACUUACAUUCCAGGAUAGGAUAAAGGGAGGUAAGCUAUCGUUCCCGCUUAAUGUGACUGAAACUAAUUUUGAGGAAACAAUAUCCAUCCGUGAUAAAAAGUCUGGAUCAGUAGUAAGUUUGAAAGAUGCUAGGAAGAACAGCAUUGUUAAGUUUAUAGAGAGUGAUUUAUCCAGUACAAAAGUAGGAAUGAAGGGCUGUUUCGUUAAGGACACAUUUAAUGACAAGUGGCUAUCCUGGGAUAAAGCCUGUGAUGCUGGCCUUGUUGGAAAUCUAGACAUCACUUCAGAAAAUUCUGCUAACCGCCGUGACUCCAAGCAGAUCAAAAGAGUCACAUGGUCAUCUUUCAAUGACAAAAAGAGGGAAAGUUGCGAUGCUAAGAAAGAGGAAGACGAUGAUAGUGGGAAAGACCCGUCUGAGUCAGAAUUGGAUAUGGAAAUUGCAGCAGCACUCAAAGCAAAGAAUAAAAGAAAACAUUCCAUAGAAUUGUGUUCGAUGUCGGAUUUACCAGUGACAUUAGACGACGUCAUAGAUAAUGGUCUCUAUGACCCGGUCACCAACACAGUAUGUGAUGUCAGCACUGAUGAAUCUGUUGCAUUUGUGGAUGCUAUUGAGCGAGGUCUGGUUCAUAAAGCCUCUUUGAUUCGUGAUCCUGUGAGCAAAGACAUUUUAACAUUAGAGGAGGCUAUAGAUAAACGUAUCAUUGACCCUCUUUCAGGGAGAAUGAUGUUGUCGUCAGGGUUACCAAUCGCAUUAAACUUCGCUGUCAACAGGGGCUUGGUAGUGAAAUGUAAAUCUCCAUUCUCUCUCUCACUUUCGGAAGCCAUUGAGGAGGGACUUUUCGACAUAACUACAGGGAUGAUGCUAAACCCAGACACAGAGGAAAAAAUGGGGUUCUCCCAGGCCAUAUUCUCUGGAAUGUUGGAUUGUAGUAUCAUUAAGGUACGGGACGUGGACAGUGGUGAGGUUCUGGGAUUUCAGGAGGCCGUUGAGAGAGAUCUGCUAAAUCUAGCGACGGGGAUGUGUUACGAUACCUCCAGUGGGGAUACCCUUUCUCUCAUAGAGAGUAUUGAAAGGGGCAUUCUUAUAGACCUGACAAAUCAGCCGAAAUAUAGUCUCCUGGAGGUCGUUGAUGACUGUCUCGUGGAUGACGAAGGUAAAUUCCAUGAUCCAUCAACAGGGUACGCAGUCUCGUUAAUAAGUGCUAUAGACUCGAGUCUCCUCGACCGUGACUGUGUUCUUGUCCGGGAUUUAGAGAGUCAAACUCUGGUAACAUUAGACGGAGCUAUAAAUGAGGGCAUUGUGAACUCCCUCACAGGAACAUACUCAUGUGGCAAAACUAACUGUGAUUUCAACACAGCCGUGUCAAAAGGUUUACUCAUACAAAAUCUCGGCAGUACAGAUUUAAAUCUGAUUGAUGCAAUUCAUGAAGGAGUUUACAAUGUGACUCGUCAAAAUUUCAUGGAUCCAAGGAACGGAGAAGUGAAGUCCUUCAAGGAAGCUCUGGAGUCAAAGCUUGUACGCUGUGAUGAUAUUGUGAUAAAAAAUUCAAAGUCUGAAGAAUAUCUGACAUUUGAGGAAGCAGUGUCGAGAAAACUCCUGGACUUGGAAGAAUGUCAAGUAUUUGAUCCUCUAGAGGAUGAAUGGUUAGAUUUGAAGACAGCACUAGCUCAUGGGCUUCUCAGACAGACCAUGGGAGAACCAGCUAAAGGCCUUGUUACCAUAGUGACUGAUGGCACGUACGACCCUGAACUACAGAGGGUCAAGGACAAAACCUCUCAAAUGUGCGUCGAUGUGGAAGAUGCUAUUUCUAUAGGUAUUGUUGAUCCUUCUCAUACAUUUGUUCGUGAUAAUGCUCGUAACCAAUUCAUUCCACUCUCAGAGGCGAUUAAUUAUCACUUGAUGGAUAAAUACUCUGGAAAGGUGACAGACACAAAGACAUUUGAGAAAUUAGAUUUGUGUACAGCGGUGGAGAAAAAGUUGGUGGUAGAGAUGCCGGAGAAGGGGUUUACACUGGUAGAUAUCGUAAGUAAUGAACUGUACAGCAAAGAAAAACAAACCAUCCUACACCCAAGGACAUGUGCAAGGAUGUCGCUUCAGGAAGCAAUUUCGUGUAAACUUGUGGAUGGCUCUCAACCACAAGUUCUUGUGGCAGAACGGGGAAUUUUUAGCCCAAAAGAAGCAAUAGCAAAGAAAAUAUUGGAUGCCUCAACUGGAGCCUAUCUAGAGCAUACUCCACUACCUGAGGCUGUGGCUAAAGGAUUUGUUUUUAAAUCAGAACAGAAAGGAUAUCAGCCAUUUUUGACAGAAAUUGCCGAUAUUCUGAAAGAUUCUGAUUUCACUUCGUUGACAUCUGCUAAACAAAUCAAUGACUCAAGUCUCGGAGGUCAGAGUGAAUAUUCUCGAAGAUCAAACUAUGGAAAGCCUUUCUUUGGAAUUCAGAGAGCAGUUGAGGAGGGUAUUUUCGAAAAGCACAGAUGCACAUUUUAUGACCUCAGGAUUAAGUCCUCGGUUACUAUGGCAGAUGCAUUAAAGACUUUUCUUAUCCAUGGCACAAGGUCUAGGGUCAUGAACCCAGACACUCAGAAGUAUAUAUCUCUCAGUGAGGCUGUGGAUAAAGGAAUUGUCAGUGGCAAGACUGGGUCUAUCCUGGACAGGCAAAACAUGAAGAGCAUUCCACUAGAAAAAGCGGUUGAGGAAAACUUAGUUGUGGAUGUGCCGUUCACACGAGUUACUCUUGAUGAGGCCGUGUCGUACGGCUUACUGAAUACAAAUGUUCUGAAAAUGCAGAGCAUGAUCUGUGACGAGAGGGUUUCGUUGGCUGAUGCUCUUGAUAAGGGUCUGAUCGACACGGAGGAUUCACUUGUCAAGGAUGUUGACAAGGACAUUGUGAUGACCUUGAAAAAGGCAGUUGACUGUGGCCUAUUUAACACAACAACGGCAUGUGUUGUUUGUGACUCGGGACGUAUUGUCAGCCUUAUGGACGCACUAAAUGAAGGUCUUAUCCUCAACGGUCGAAGUCUGUGUAAUUUUCCAAGACUUCCACAUUUGAGAAAACGGACCUUACAACUCGAUUCCUUAUCUAAUAGUGUGGAGAUUGCCUCCAAGCAACCCAAACAUUCCAGUGACAGCUCCGGCAUUGACAUGCAGGAGAACGAUGAUGUGCUUGACCUGAUGGAUCAGAAUAUAGAAGCCAUCAGUUUCGGUGAGGCACUCAGAAGAAACUAUUUAGAUAAAGAAACGGGUAAUUUUCGUUUGUCUGAUAGUGAAACUCCUGUUCCUCUGAAGGAUGCUAUUAGCCAAGGGCUGAUCAAUGUUUCUGGUGUUACAUUCCACGAUAGAAUUACUGACCAGAGUCUUUCUCUCAAACUGGCCUUGGAGGUGGGCUUACUGGAUUCCAGUACACAGACCUCGAGAAGAAAUUCCAGACAUGGAAUAACCUUCAGUGAGGCUGUCCAGGGAGGGCUGCUGACGGAGAAAAUGCAGGUCAACCUUGACAAUUCAGAAACCUCCGACCCCAGAAAACAGAAGAAAUCAUUUGCGGAAAAGUUAUCUAAAGAAAUUGAUAUCAUAAAAACUGCAAAAAACAUGUCAUCCUCCUUAGAUUCCUUAUUACAAGUUGUCAAAGACGACCAGGGAACCUAUCGUCUCGGCACAUUGCACCGUAUACUAAAGAAGGGAAUGCUUAAUCCAAGUACAGGACUGAUGGAUGAUCUUAUAACUGGUCAGCCACUGACCAUACAGGAUGCUGUCCAGAAUAACCUUAUUAAUAUGCGAGCAAGAGAGAUCGUAGAUCCACGGACUAGGGAGCUCCUGACACUACAGGAAGCUAUCAGCCUCAGGGUAGUGGACCCUGUAAGAGGUUGUUACAACGACACUGUCCAUCAGACGUCAAUGUCGCUCAAAGAAGCAAUGGAGCUAAGCCUUAUCAUAGAGGGCUUGGCCGAAGCUCCCCAGCCAAAGAGUUCCGUGGAAAUUUAUGUUGAAGAAAUUCUUACCAAUGAACAGAACAAAGGUAAAGCCAAAUUACAGGAUGCGUUUUCAUCUGGUGUCUUGCAUCGCUCAAAUUCCUCCGUUAUUGAUCCGGACACAGUUCAACCAAUUACAUUAAAGCGUGCUGCAAGUCUUGGAAUGAUUGACAUGAGUACUGGUGAAUUCAAAAACCCCCAAACAGGUGAGAGCAUAUCUCUGAGCGAUGCUGUGGAGAAGGGAUUCAUCUUGAGUCCCAAGGGUCUGACACUGUACAGUGCUGUGAACCAGGGACUCUACAGUGAUAAGAACUGUCAGUUCGUGGACCCGGGUACAGGGAAGGAGCACACUCUGAAGGAGAUGAUUGACAUGGAAAUCAUAACGCCCAUGUGUCUGGAGAUACGUGAUCUCACACAGAAGGGAAUCGUCGUCACACUGCAGACAGCCAUCGACAGGAAAACCAUAGAGCAGAUAAAAAAUGUGUACGUGAAUUUGGUGAAUAAUCAGGUAUACAACUUCAACGAGGCCAUCGCUGCAGGCCUCAUCAUCAGUAACAGUCCACGAGAGGGGCUGCGUGAGAGCAACAACAGCCAGAAUGUCAUGGCCGCCUCAGGUGCGCACACCAUGGAGUCGGUAAGGUACCGCCACUUAGCUGAGAAUGCAUAUGGUCCUGUCCUCACGCGCCCAUUCUCUAUGGGCAGUCGUUCUCGAAACAGCAGUUCGUCUGAUUUGACAACUGAUUCAUCGAGCACGGACAGGAAGGAUCCUCAUACAUGGAUGAUGCCACUUACCUCUGAAAUGAUCCGUCAGAUGAUUGUAAAUGCUAAGCAUAAGAAGGAUGCAGCAGCUCAGAGGAAUGAUAACACAGACAAGAACAGUAAAUCUGAGGACGAGUGCGACGCUGGUUCAAUGACGCCGACCAUGGAUGAAGACAUAGAUGCAGAACAAAAUUUGAGUAUGCAAGAAAACAACAAUGACAAAAACAGAGCUGAAAAAAGCUCAAAUCCAUCGACACCAACUACACCACAGGUCACUGAGAUACCAUGGCAACAUGAGGUCAAGGUCAUAGAAGAGGUCAGAGUCAAACCAGCCAUGGCAGGACUACGGAAGGGAAGGUUAGUUGACUCCUACGACAAACUGGCUCAGGAUCUGAACAAUGAGCUAAACUGGCUCUCAGAUGUUGAACAGUUGCUAAGAGAUGAUCAGCCCAUCAAUGAUGAGGCAAGCAAAGUUCAGGGACAAUUAGACGCACAAAAGACUCUCCAUGACGAUAUCCAGAAGCACCAACAGCCAAUCCUGUCCCUUGUGUAUCAGACUGAGCAGCUCCUUGAGAACCACCAGGAGGAGCUAACUCCUGAACAGGUCACCGAGGUUCAGCAGCUCGUAUCCAGUCUCAAGGCUACGUUCGGCAAGGUCCAGAAAACUGCUGACGGAAGAGUCAAGCAUCUGACCACUGCUUGUAACGAGGUUACUAAAUUUGAAGAGGAGAUGACCAAGUUUAGUGAUUGGCUGAGAGAGACCAAGAACGACCUGACCACACACCAGAGGGAGGUCACCAACCUUGACCGUCUGAAAGAGAUCAAGGAACACCAGAAGGAUAUGAUGAAUGACAUGAUCUCCCACCAGGCAGACAUCAGAUUUAUGUCCAUGGCUGUUCAGAAAUACAUGGAAGAGGCCAAGCUGCACAAGCUAGAGGUUGAUGCAUUCAAGGCCAAUCGCAGGAAGACCAAUCGCCUCAGCUGGCUCGGAAUGGAGGGCAUGGAGGCAGAACAAGUAGGUGACAAAUUAAAAGCAGCAACAACAAGCUAUGAAGACCUCAAAUCCAAAUGUGCAUUGUUUGGAGAAAAACUUGGAACACUUUCAACCAAACAACGGAAUUUCAAUGAGAGUACGUUUAAACUCCUGACUUGGCUAACAGAUGUUGAAGAGAAACUGUCCACAUCAAAACAAGAGUCAGCUACCACAGAACCAGAGGUUCUACGACAACAGCUCGGGCUAAUGCGAUCAGCCAGCAGUGACGCCAUCUCACAUGGAGUACAGCUGGACGAUUUAGAGAAGUUAUCACAUGAUUUGAUUGACAUGUUAAAGGAUUUGGCUGUUGAUGAAGACCACGUACACAAGCUAGAGGAUAUCAUAGACGAUAUCUCUGGUCGACACAAGGAAGUGUUGAAUGAGGUUAAUGAAAGGUCAAACAGCCUCCAGAUGGCGCUGACUAAAUCCCAGGAUGUUGAAGAUGCCCUUGACAACCUGUUGUCAUGGGUACGUGAUACGGACAAAACACUGACCACUCAAAAGCCGGUCAGUCUGAUGAGAGACAGGCUGAGCGAACAAUACCAGGAACUUAAAACAAUAAGUGCCGAUGUGGAAAGUCAUAAACCAAGCUUAGAUUCUGUGAGACAUGAGGCAAACGAACUUAUCAAAACGUGUGAACUAGAUAUGGCGAAGUCACUAGAGUCUAAAUUGGGAGACCUUGCCAACAAAUUUGGAGGUGUCCAGUCUAAGUGUAAGGCCCGAGCCAAAGACAUUGAAGAAAUCUCCGAAACUCUCGGACACUUCCAGGACACACUCGAACACUGUAAUGUCUGGCUGAAUGCCAAAAUAGAGAACCUUGAGGACAAAAACUGGAAUAAAAAGUCUGGUGAUGAAAUGAAAGACAAAGUGGACGGUAUGACUAUCGAGAAAAAGAGGAAGGAAGAAAUUGUGGACGAAUUGAAACAGCUCGGACAGGCUCUUGUUGAAGAUCCUCGUACAGGAGAGGUCAGUGAGUUGAAAGAAAAAGUGACAGAACUUUGUAGAGAGUGGGAGGACUUUAAUGGACUGCUGUCCGAGAGAGAACAAGAGGCAUCGGAAAAGGAGAGACAGUCCGACGAGUACAGCAACACGAAGAAGUCCGUUGUGGACUGGCUGACUACCAUGGAGGGUAAGGUGGACGCAUUCGAGCCCGUGGCUGUUGAUGUGGAGGUGGCAGCUACUCAGAUAGAAGAGCUACAGCCCAUGCUGCAAAACUACCAGGAUUACGUAGAUACAAUUGACGAGGUCAAUGACCUUGGAUGCGCAUUUGACGCCCUUCAAAAUGCUGACCAGAGACCAAGCAGUCCCUUCAGGAAAAUUAUGCGUGGUCGUCGAUUGCCGAGUCUGAUGUCACCUCGUCUACGAAGUCCAUCACCCACAUUCCCACCACCAUCUCCUACAACCAUGCUGAGCCCCAUGUCUAGUGAAUCGGGAAUAAGUAGCAAAAAGAGCUCCUCCGAUAACCUGCUGGUAGAAGAUCUGACAGAGAUUCAACAGGAGCUUGUUGACAUUAACCAGAGGUACGAUCUCCUGGGGGAACGCCUCGCCGAUCGUCACCACGAGUUACAGAGCAUGCUUGACAGCAUGAGGAUAUUCCUUCAGGACCUCAACGACCUCAUGACCUGGGUUGACCUCAAGGACCUUGACGUCCACCUAGCAGCACCUCUGCCAACCAGUGAAAGGGAGGCUAAGAAAAAACUUAAAGAUCAUGAGGAGUUCCACAAGGAGCUGCUAGACAAGGAAGGUCUGGUGGAGGAAAUCCGGGCCAAGGCCCAGGACUUAAUGAAGACGAAGAAGGGCAUCCCCGGUACAGAUGUUGUACAGCAGCAACUUGCUGAGCUAGAGGACAAAUGGUUGGAUGUGAAAGUUGAGUCGGAACAUCGUAGGAAGUCGCUGGACGACAUGGUCACUGACCUUCGAGCUUUCAAGGAUGCUGGAGUCCACCUUCAGAAAUGGGUUGCGCAGAAAGAGAAGAUGGUUGGUGUGUUAGGUCCUGUGGCAACUAGCCCUGCCCUCAUACAGAACCAACAGCAGCAGGUCAAGUUUCUUCAGGAGGAGAUCCAUGGUCAGGAGUCUCUUUACGAAACUUUCAUCAGGUCUGGUCACUCUAUACUGGACAAGUGUGAGCCGGACUGCAAGGAGUCCUCACACAUCAGUCAAAAAAUGGAUGUUAUCAGCAAGGGCUGGGAUCGUAUUGGGUCACGUCUGAGGGACCGCGCCCAGAACCUCACAGCUGUGGAGGGAUUAAGUGGGGAGCUUGACCUUACACUACAGACUGUUGGUGACUGGAUUGCAGACUUCUCCACCCGACUGGAGAAAAUUGAGCCAGGAGCAGUCAGUCCUAUGGAACACAGAGCACAGAUGGACUUCAUACAGUCCCUGGAAGCUGAGGUUGUUAAGCAAAAGCCGAUGGUAGAGAAGGCCAAGGAAUUGUCGAAGAAGGUCGCAGAGAACACCAAGGACCCCAGUACCAAGGCUGAGCUCAAAAACAAGCUCGCUGCUGUAGAAAAACCACUCCAGGAGAUUGAGAAGAAACUAGCUUGUAAGAAAUUAGAGAUCGAACAGGCCAGUGAGGAGGGGCAGAACUUCCAGGCGGCCUGUACAGAUAUGCUCGACUGGCUGGCUGACAACAAAGAGAGGCUCAAGGAACAGCCGCCAAUCUCUGGCAGCGAUGGAAUUCUGAAGGAACAAGCUCUUCAGCAGUCUCUUACUGCCAAGGAUAUAUCAGAACAUUUACCAGAGUUCAAGGACAUUCUGAAGAAAGCCCAGCAACUCCUGGAUACACAAACGCCCUCGGAGCACACUGAGGAACUGGCCAAUCGUGUGCAGGCUAUCAAAGCAGACUGGGAAGAGUUGAACAAACUGGCCAAUCAGAGAGGCCAACAGAUAGAUGCAAGUGUGAAGCAUGCCACGACAUUCCAGGAUCAGAUGGAUAAUAUGUUGGUAUGGUUACAAAUGAAGGAAGACCGUCUGAAGGACUCGUCUUCUGUUAGUAUGGACAGGGAUGGCCUAGCCAAGAAACUCAAGGAUGCCCAGAGCCUUCAGGCUGAUAUGUUGAAGAAAUCACAUGAUCAUGACAUCAUCAAUAAGGAGGGUCAAGCACUUAUCAAUGUUGUUGACGCUGACCAGGACCACGUCGCAAAGAACCUCGAAGACGUCAACAGGCGAUGGAAAGACCUUGAUGGAGGAGUGGCCUCUCGUGUUGCUGAACUUGAAGAUUUGACACAGAAACUAGACGAGUUCCAUGACAAUCUGAGGGAUGUAGAGUCCUCCAUGCAGAAGUGUGAGGACAGACUGGAGGCCCACAACAAACAGGGUAGCUCCGCCAGGGACCCCAAACAUGUCGACAAGAUGAAGGCUAUGCAGGAGGAUGUGGAACUUAUGACACCUCAGUUGGACUAUGUCGAGGCCUUGUUGGAUGGGUUCAACCUUGACAGCGAUAGCUGUUCAACACGACCUCUGGCUGAUGACGUUGAGAAGGUGAAGGACAGACAUGAAAGUCUUCAUAAUGAAAUUACAUCACUACUGUCAGAUUUGGAGGCCGGUUCACAAGUUGUGUCAGAGUACCAGGAUGAACUUCAGAAGGCUGCGGUCGAGUUAUCUGCCAGUGAAAACUUCUUUGCCAACCUGGAACCUAUCAGCCGUGACGAGUCUGCCCUGACAGGCCAACACAGGGACAUGGAGGAAUACUUGUCAAAACUUGGAGAGAUGAAAGACAAAUGUGAAAACCUGGAAAAACAGAAAAAGAACCUGGAAGGUUCAGGUUACAUCACUGAUUCAGCUGCUGGAGGCUCUCCAUUGAGGUCCCUACAGAAACAGCUGGAUGGUCUGAAGGACCGGGCUAAACAACGCCAGGAUGAGGUGGACUCUGUAGCCAAUAAGAUUGAAACAGUGGCUGACAACCUGCGUCGAACACGCACAAGUUUGGACCGUGCAGCAUCUGAGCUGGAUAUGCAUGAGCCAAUCGGAACUGACCUUAAAGCGAUCAAACGACAGCAGGAAGAGCUCAAGAUGUUCCAGAAGUCGGUGUCAGAGCCGCAACAGAAGAGAGUGGACACUGUGUUAGCGGCUGCUCAGGAACUUAUUCAGUCAGCAGCACCAGGUGUCAGCACCAGUAACUUGGAGGCUGACCUUGAAAUAAUGACUGACAAGUCGUCAGAACUUAAUGAGAAAGUAUCAGAGCGUGAGCGUAGCCUCGACAAUGCCCUCAUACACGCUGGAAAGUUCAACGAUGCUCUUGACUCGCUCCUCAGCUGGCUGAAGGAGACGGAGGAGAUGGUAGCCAACCAGAAGGCUCCAUCCCCGGAUUAUAAGGUAAUCAAGGCCCAACUCCAGGAGCAGAAAUUCCUGUUGAAGAUGUUGGACGAUCGUGAGCCAAGUGUCAAGUCUGCAAAACAAGUGGGCACCAACCUUCAGAAGAAUGUCGACCCUCGGGAACAGAAGGGCAUCCAGAAUCAGAUUGCCCAACUACAGCAACGCUAUGACACACUCAAACAUAAUGCUGGCAACCGUCUGGACACACUGGAGCAGGUCGUCACACUUGCGAAGGAGUUCCAGGAAACCCAGGAUCCACUCGCUUCCUGGCUAGACACCAUGGAGAAGAAAUUUGCAUCUCUUGAACCAUCUGCUAUGGAUACAGAGGGCAUUGAGAACAUCGUUUCCUCUCUGCUGGACAUGGAGAAGGAGAUACAGGAUCGUGAUGAACAGGUGCGUAUCUUGGCUUUACGAGGCAAGGACUUACAAAACCACUGUAAACCCAGUGAAGUCAAGGUCAUUCAGAAGAAAAUUGAUGAUGUGCAAGGUCGCUACCUUGAACUCAAAAACAAAGUUACAGACUCUGCAGAACAGAUGGAAGAGGCAUUGCCCAUGGCAACUAACUUCAAUGAGGCACAUGCCAAGUUCAUUGACUGGGUUGUGAAGAUUGAGCCCAAGCUCCGUGCCAAGGAGGCGACCGGUCCGGAGGCUGAGGAGCAAGUACAGGGAUUCAUCGACAAACUGCUGGAGAUCCAGCCUAUCUUGGAAGUACUCAGUAAUGACGGCAAUCAGCUUGCUGAACUCGCACCCGGUGACGCAGGGUUAAAGGUCGAGGAUAUGAUGAACAAGGAUCUGAAGCGCUUUGAUGCUGUUAAUGAACAAAUACAGAAACGCUCACAGAAGCUCCACUCCUCGAAACAGCGGUCAUCAGAGAUCGUGGGAGACAUGAACAACCUCCUGGAAUGGUUUGAGGAGCAAGGCAAAAAGAUCAUAAAUGCUGCACCGGUCAGCAGUGACCCUGACACUCUGGCCACACAGGUCGCUGACCAGAAGGUGAUCAAUGAGGACAUUGCUAGUCGGAAAGGCAAGGCACGUGAUCUCAUUACAAGGGGGAGGAAACUCCUGCGUGAGAGUUCACUUGAAGACGACCCCAGAUUACGGGAGAGAGUGGAGACCCUCAAACAGGCUGUCGAUGCCAUCACAAAGCUUGGCACAGAUAGGCUCUGUCUACUGGAACAAGCUCAGCCAUUGGCUAAGCACUUCACUGCCACCCACCAAGAUCUGCUCGACUGGUUCAGUGAAGCAGAACCAGCGCUACGUGAGCUUGAGGUCAUGUCCAUCGACGUUGACGAGGUCAAGAAGCAACAGGACAGCAUCAAGGUACUAAAACAAGACGUCCAGGACCACAAGCCUGUGAUAGACAGACUCAACAAAACAGGAAAUGCACUCCUCAAGAUUUGUGCUGACAAGGAUGGAGUCGAAGUUCAGGCUAUUCUUGACGAUGAUAACAAGCGCCUGGAUAACAUUCGUAACUCCAUGAAGGACAGAUCAUUGUCCAUUGAUGAAGCUUUACAACAGUCGGCUGAGUUCACAGACAAGUUGGAAGAUAUGUUGGAGAACCUAACAUCCACCUCAGAACAGGUCCAGCAUGCUGAAGCCAUCGCAGCACAUCCAGAAAAGAUUCGGGAACAGAUUUCUGAAAACAAGGCUAUGAUGGACGACAUGGACAUGCGACAGUCAGCAUUACGGUCCGUCAAAUCAACAGCCGAGGAGCUCAUCAAACAGGCCAGCAGUGACCAGGACGAGGCUGUGCAAGACGUACAGCAGAAACUAGCUGAACUGAUCCAGCUGUUUAACGACAUUAAGGGAACGACACAGAACCGGAGCCUCGCUCUGGAGGACACACUAGAGGUGUCCGAGAAAUUCUGGGAUGACAUUCAUCAUCUAACCGGCGCCAUGAAGGAUCUUCAGGACAACAUCAACUCGCAGGAACCUCCAGCCCUGGAACCUGCCAUCAUCAGAGAACAACAGGACUUCCUUGAGGCUAUUAAAGAGGAAAUAGAGGACUCAAAGGGUGAACUAGAGGAGGUACGACAGACCGGGGAUCAGCUGAUGACGCUGUGCGGUGAACCAGAUCGCCCAGAGGUCAAGAAGAACAUUGAUGACCUCAACACAAACAUGAGCGAGAUUGAAGCUGAGUGUAACAAACGCUCUAAGACGCUGGAGGACGCACUCAACAAGGCUGUCCACUUCCAGGAUGAGCUCAUGAAACUGCUGGUGUGGCUCCAGAAGAGGGAGGUCUGCAUGAGGGAGAUGGGAAAGGUGGGAUCUGACUUUGAAACCAUCAAAGUUCAAUGGAAUGCAGUCAAGGUAUUCAAAGCAGAGGUGGAACCCAAACAAGUGGCCAUUGAGUCGCUCAACCAGAAUGGAAACGACAUGGUCAAGGAGUCAUCCUCGAGCGACCAGGCUCUAGUGGUCAAAGAACCUUUGACCACAGUCAACAAACGCUGGGAUGGGCUCCUGGAGGGAAUUGCUGACAGACAGCGCAAGCUCCAGUUGGCCAUGUUGGAUGCCGGUCAGUUUGAGCAUGCACUCAAUGAACUGUUGGCUUGGCUGGACAAAACCGAACAAACUCUGGACGAGACACAAUUGUCUUUUGGUGACCCCAAACACAUAGAGAUAGAGCUCUCCAAACUCAAGGUUGUACAGAAUGAUAUAGACGCCCACAAAGAGAGUGUUGAUUCCGUCAAAGAGGCCGGUGCACGUGUCGCGGCCACAGAGAAAAGCUCGGACACUCCCAUCAAACGCAAGCUCAGUGAGGCCAACGGAACAUGGGGACGUGUAAAGGACAAAUGUGACAAGAAAUAUGCAGAGUUGAAGGACUCUCUCAGAGAGGCCAAGCAGUUCACAGGGGAACUUCAGGAUCUACUAGUACUACUGGGAGACCUAGAGGGUAAUCUCAUCACCACCACCCCCGUCGGGGGCCUCCCAGAAACUGCUCGUGAACAACUCGACAGAUUCAUGAGCAUGUUCGAGGAGCUGGAACGGACCAAACCACGUGUAGACAAGGUUAAAGAAGAUGGAAAUAACCUGAGAGGGAAAUGUUCAGAACCUGCUGCCUCCAACAUCCAACAAAACCUGGGACUUCUACAGCAACACUGGGACCACAUUGGAUCUCGUGCAACAGACAGAAAGAGGAAACUGGAGGAUGCCGUGGGGCAAGCUAACAAUUUCCACGCCGACCUGAACAAGUUCAUUGCCUGGCUUACGGGUACAGAGCGAACACUGAACAACUUAAACCCCGUCAGUCGCCUCCUGGAGCGCGUGGCCGUCCAGAUAGAGGACCACAAGGUUCUCCAGAAGGAUGUGAGCCGUAACCGAGAGGUAAUGAUCGCCCUGGACAAGACUGGCACUCACCUCAAGUACUUCUCACAGAAACAGGAUGUGAUUCUCAUCAAGAACUUGCUUUCUAGCGUCCAGCACCGUUGGGAGAAAAUUGUGUCCCGCAGCGCCGAGCGCACCAGGCACCUGGAGAGAGGCUUCAAGGAAGCCAAGCAGUUCCACACCAUAUGGAAGGAGCUACUGGAUUGGAUGAGAGAUGCCCUGCAGACAUUGGCCAGUAACCAGUUGGUCGGUAACGACCCAGUAACCAUCAAGGCACAGAUAGCUAAACACAAGGACUUCCAAAGAAGCCUAGGAACCCAUCAGCCACUGUAUGACAGCGUCAACAGGGGAGGACGAGCUCUCAAGGACAAAUGCCCGCCAGACGAUGUUCCCGAGAUACAGAAAAUGCUGACAGAACUGAAGGCACAGUGGAAUAAUCUCUGCGGAAAGUCUGUUGACAGACAGCGUAAGUUGGAGGAAGCACUGCUGUUCUCAGGCCAGUUUACUGAGGCUCUCCAGGCAUUACUGGACUGGCUGGGUAAGGUGGAACCAAUGCUUGGGGAAGACCAGCCCGUCCAUGGCGACAUCGACACUGUCAACAACCUGCUAGAGGCUCACAAGGCAUUCCAGCAGGAGCUUGGAGCGAGGUCUAACACUAUUGCAUUCGUACGGAAGCGUGCCAUGGAGUUAAUGGAUAAGUCGGAGGGUGACAUGUCACAACAGCAGGCAGAGCUUAUAGAGCUGUCUACGAGCUGGGAUCGAGUGUGUAAACUGUCUGUAAACAAACAGGAGAGACUCGAACAGGCCCAUAAACUGGCUGAAGAUUUCCAUAAGAAGGGACAGAGUCUGAUGGACUGGCUUGCCAGUGCUGAGAGACAGCUGAGGUACCGUGGGCCAAUUCCUGAUGAGGAGGCGCCCUUACUGAAACAGAUAGAGGAGCACAAGAGGUUUGAGGAGGACUUACUGAGACAAGAAGCAAAUCUACGUGAGACGUUGAACAUUGGUCAGGACAUAAUGAAGCGAUGCCAUCCUGAUGCUGUCUCUACCCUGAAACACUGGUUGUCAGUGCUGCGUGCACGCUGGGAGGAGCUGACUGGAAUGUGUAAGCAGCGAGGCCGUAAGCUGGCAGAGGGGCUUGCUGUUCUGCGCAGAAAUAACGCCUUAUUGGAUGAACUGGUUGCUUGGCUCAACGGCGCUGAAGGCACACUGACCGGGCUUGACCAGGAACCCAUUCCCGGAGACCUACAAGUCAUUCAAGACCUCCUCCAGGACCACCAGCAUUUCCAGAAUGAGAUGUCGGGUAAACAGCCAGAGAUUGACAAAUUGACCAAGGGAGAUCGACGACGGACAUCCUCUGUGUCUGGCGAAUCACACAUUCCUAUACUGAAGGGGCAGAGUGGACGUCAUACCCCAGUCAAGUCGAGGACGCCCAGAAAAAGUGACGCUGAUGGUCGCAGAACUCCAGAACCAUCAUGGAAGAACCCGCGGAUCGGAGCACUGUUUAACAAGUGGCGGACAGUAUGGUUGAUGGCUAUGGACCGUCAUAGGAAGCUACAGGAUGCUCUCGACUAUCUCAACGAGGUUGAGCGUCUGAAGAAGUUUGAGUUUGAGGACUGGAGAAGGAGGUACAUGCAGUGGAUGAGACACAACAAGUCCCGUAUCAUGGAACAGUUCCGACGUUACGACCGUGACCGUGAUGGCCGUGUGACCCGUGCAGAGUUCACCAACUGUAUCAUGGCCACAAAGUUCCCAACUACACAGCUAGAAAUGGAGCUUGUGGCCAACCUGUUUGACCGUGCAGGCUUGGGGCUCAUAGAUUACAAGGAAUUUGUGUCCGCACUCCGACCUGCAGACAGAGAGCCCCAGAAAACAAUCACAGAUGCGGAGAAGAUAAUGGACGCAGUCAAGAACCAAGUGUCCAAAUGUACCUGUGUCAAACAGUUUAAGAUCCAUAAGAUCGGAGAGGGCAAAUAUAGGUUUGGCGACUCCCAGAAGUUACGUUUGGUCCGCAUCCUCAGGAGUACCGUAAUGGUCCGUGUCGGAGGUGGAUGGGUUGCACUGGACGAAUUCUUGGUCAAAAAUGACCCAUGUCGAGCACGAGGUAGAACAAACAUAGAGCUUCGAGAACAGUUUGUAUUGGCUGAGGGUGUAAGCCAAUCAAUGUCAGGCUUUGUUACACGUAGUCCGGGCGGAAGUGAUCGUAGCUCCACCCAUUCGGGGAUGUCAUGGAGCACACGAUCGCCGAGCUCGGCCAGUGGUCCCAUCACAAAGCCAAGGAGGCGAUUUUCUAGACCCAACUCUCUGAUACGAGAGAAGACCCAGUACCCAACACCAUGGAAACAGCAACCACGCGUGAAGACAAGCCCAGAUGGCGAGGUUAGGCAAAUAAUGGCCCGCACGGAACCAGACGGUACAAAGUUCAUCAGGUCAAGGGUCGCACAUGACCUGCGCAGCCCCAGGGAGAUACAAAGCCCUGGAGCUACACCGAGUCGCAGUUCAAGUCGGGCCAGCACCAAUAGCCGACCGCCAAGUAGAGCAGACAGCGAGACAUCAGAAACCAGUGAACCGGAAAUAUUCACAACAGUUCAAAAGGAAACACGCAAAAUUGGAGGUCGAAGUGAGACAACCAUGACAUAUCAGACACACGUAGUGCAAACACGGACUUCGGUUACUCCUGCCACGGCUCGUGUCAGCACUCCUACACGUGUGGGUACGCCAACACGGGUCGGCACGCCAACGGCACGGGGAUCAAAAAUACCAACACCUUACAAGAAAAAGUGAUUUUGUGAUUCAAUUAGGUGUUGACAAUAUUCUUACUUUGGGUGGGACCUCCACUCGUACAGACAUUUACGAUUAAAACUAUCGGAUUUUGUUGUCAGCUUCAUUAUUCACAGACCAAUAUGCAUCCUUGACCGAGUCACGUGACCAAAGACUAGCUAUGUGAUAAGCUAUACCAGUGCGCUUAGGAUUUCGACUUUCUUUUAUUUCAUUUUAAAUUGAAAAUGUAUUGGACUUAUUCCACUUGAGUGAAGAUUUGGGGGAAUCUUCAUCGAAUGGAGGAAGGUUUGAAGUAUGAAGGAUCUAAGUUGUAUUUAUUCAUUCACGAAGGAAGAAUCUUUAAAAAACUGGAUAGCUUGCUUUAUUUAGAAAAAGUAAUAUGUAGCCUAGUUGUAAACUGGGCCUGUAUUAUAUCUUUUGAUAUUUGUUUUUGUAUAAUAUAUGUAGAGGGAUUUUUUUUUCCUUUUUUUCCUUUUUUUUUUAAAACAAAGGUCUUUAUUCCAUUAUACAUUGAAUGUAUACAAAAUUUCGUAGCUGUAGUAAAUUAUAAUCGUAUUGGUUUAAAAAUUAUAAUCAAAGCAUUUUUGAUAGUAACCUGAUGUAGAUUUCUAUACAAAUAAUGGUAUAUUCCGAAAUGAAUGUAAGGAUUAUAAAGAACUACCAGUUCUACUCUCAGUAAAAAAUUUGAAAAAAAAUUACCAUAUUCCAAGAUUUCAUGGUGCUUGUGUGUUCUUGUUUACAAGAUUUGGAACUUUAAAAUUUAGAGUUUCCAGCAUGCCCUGCAGAUUUAACGCAUGGUUUUAUAUGGUCCACUGUCCUGUUUUUCUCAAUGUAUUAAGAGAAAUUGUUUUUGCAUUCUUGUUAUGUUUAAAGCUCUACCGUGAAUCUGACUGGCGUCGUGUCAUUCCCGAGGGGUUGGUUAGCAAGGGUAACGCUGCUGCUUGUAUCAUUACACCAUCCUUUGCUUAACAAUUCGGUUUUAUUUGAGAAAUCAAAUAAAUCUUCAUAAUUAUCUAGAAAUCAAAAGGACAUAGAAAUCACCCCAUAAUUUCUAUCAAAUUCAUAUUUUUGCACCGUUUUGCUUGAAUUUGAGAGAUUGUUUUAGAGUGGGGGAAAAUAUCUAUGCCUUGGAAUGACGCAAUGCCAAGAGUGUGUUUUUAUGGUGGAAAUAUUGUUUAUGCUUGCUGGAAUUGAAUAUUGUGAUAUUCUAGAGAAUAUUUGAAAUGUAGUAUUUAUCGUCAGAUGAAAAUAUGAGUGAGUAGAAUAAAGAGUGUAUAAAAAAAUAAAUACAAGUCUCUAUGUGUAUAUAUAGGUUGGGAUAUAUAUAGAUAUAUGUAUAUAUUGUUUCUGGAUAAAUAUCUAUGGACUGUCAUUUGGUUGUAUAGUCCUGCCUCCUCACAAUCUGUAGCCAUCCUCAUUUCCUAAGAUGCUAUUCCUGUAAAUUUGACAUGAAUAUGUUAAUUAAUGUAAUUUACAUGAAUAUUAAUGAGAUAUAUUUACACGUUCAAAGUGUAUACGUUUAUUCGAUCUAUAAGCAAAAUAUUAUGAUUUCAGUUAUGUAAUUAAAUAAUUUACAUAGGUAUGUUAAAUAUUAUUCUAGCUGUUUGGAGUGGUUCAUUUUAAUGUAUUUUUGUACGCAGUAUGUAAAUGAGGCUGAAAGAAGCAACCGUUACGGUGAAUAGUCUUUUGAUGUGACUGUUGGAGGAGAGAGAUUUAUUUAUUCAAGGUAACGCCCACUCUACGUUCCAGUAUUUAAUGUGGAACAUGUUUUAGUGUUGGUUUAUCGGGAUGGAGGUGGAUUGUAUGCAUAUCAAAGUUAUAUUUCCACUACAAGUGCUUUUCAUGUAUAUGUAGCCUAUAUGUAUAUACCGGUAUAAGUCGGUACCACACUCCUAGUGUAUAUACCGGUAUAAGUCGGUACCACACUCCUAGUGUAUAUAGGAUAUAAAUAGGUAUCAGGUCAACGUUAUACACUUGUACUUAAAAUAAUGCUGUAAUAUUCUUCAAGUGUUGCUGUGUGAUAUUAAAAAUAAGAAUAUUUCCGUAAUCAUGCAAUAUUUUGCACGAUCGUUAGUAAAGCUUGCUGUAAUAAUCACUGAAAAUAAAUUAUGUAAAUGUGAUAAACACCUACCAAUAAAAUAUAUGAAUAUUGAAAAUAAUGCUGACAGUAUGAACAUGUUGAGAAUAAAUAUAAAAUAUUCACCUGAUGUGAAUAUAGAAUAAUCAUGAAAUCUUGAAUAUUGAAUUAUUCAUAUCACACUAUAUGAGUAUUACAGUAUUUAUUGGAUGUGAAUAUUUAUAUAUUCAUCCCGUCAUUCCUUCCUGUAAUGUAAUUAUUCAUUUGCUCAUUUUAUGUAAUCAUCAUACAUAUACAUUGUAAUCAUGUAUCGAGCUAUAAAUAUCACUGUGAGAGACGCCACGUAGCCUGCUAUAUACGGCCAGUGGGGCUGAUGGGAGGGGGGGCAGACAGUAUAUCUGGUUACUAGGGUUACACUAUAUACCAACACUUAUACAAAUUUUCAUUUUGUUUCCAUGACAACGUGAGGAAUAAGUUGUUUCUGUAUGUUUCUGAAUAAUUGUAUUGGGUAUGCAUGUGGAAUCUGUACCGCGUCCCUGGGGUAUGUGCCCUUGGGGGAAGGGCACUGUCCCAGGGGUAGGGGUGUGGUCCUCUAAACACCAGUAACUGUAAGCAUUGAUAUUCAGCUUCCUUGCUUCAUAUGCAAGUCAAAUGGAAUAAGUAAAAGGAAUCUCAAUAUGCA